GCUCUGUCCUGUCAGUCCCAGUGAUGUUACCUGGAGAGUUUCUGACCCUAUUUUCUGCAUUUCCGCCUCCAUGCCCACCAGUCAAGAUGCAGCCUCUGUACCGUGUGUUCUCUGUAUGUACCACACACUACUAGAGGUGGCCAAUGAAUUGCCUGUUGAGCUUCAACAAUAUAAAUAUUGAUUGUUGGGUGAUCGGUAUGCCCCUUCUCCUCCACUUUCUAACCAACAAGGGAUUUUACAUUACAACUCCAAUACCCUUUGUAUUUCAGAGCCUUUUAUGAUACAAUCACAGUCUCUUAGAGGAAAAGGCCUCUCUCUUACUGAACUGGCAAUCAUGCCUGUUAAUCUCAUACCCCCUCUCUCUUGUCUCUCCCCCUCCAUCCCUUCCCUCCCCUCCCUCUCACCCCUCCCUCUCCCUCUCCUCUCCAGCUGGUGGGGGGUGAGUUUGACCUGGAGCAGAACUUCAUCAUAGCGGCAGCGGAGAGCCUUGGCUGUAUGGUAGAGCUGUUGGAGCACUGUGAUGUGACCUGCCAGGCUGAGGUGUGGUCCAUGUUCACAGCCAUCCUCAGGAAGAGUGUCCGUAACCUCCAGAACAGCACUGAGGUGGGCCUCAUAGAGCAGGUGCUGCUGAAGAUGAGCUCCGUUGACGACAUGAUCGCAGGUAAAGGAACAUACGCAAGCAAGUAUGUACGCAAGCACACGCAAGCAGGCACACACACACACACACGCACACUGAAAACAUAGUCCGUAGAGCUUGUUCCAUGGCCAGGUGCCUACAGUAAGCCUGCAGUACAGUACCCACUGCAGAGUGCUGGGUGGAUGGAUGUGGAUUAAGUUAAUAUUUUAAGCAUAUUGAAAUUCCUCUGGCUUAAAGGAUAGGAAAGAUUGAAAAGAGAAAAUGUCAUUAGUCACAGUGUGUUUUAUAAUGAGACUGAAUGGCAGUUUAGAGGAAAAUUACAUUUCAGAGGGAAAACUAAUGGAAUGGCACUUUUCAACUAUUUUUAAUUAUAUUGUGAAAUAUGAGGGCAUGUUUCUAUUGUGGAUUUUUUACAGUAAAUAAUGAACCCCUAUCUGCCAAUGAGGAAAUUGAAGUACCAAGUCAACACUAAUGUGUGUGUGUGUGUGUAGACCUGCUGGUGGAUAUGUUAGGAGUGCUGGCCAGCUACAGCAUACAGUGAAGGAGUCAAAACUGCUGAUUCAGUAAUGCUGAGGAGACCCGAGUACUCUCUGUGUAAGUGUAGGAGUAGAGGACACUGGGUAAGUAACUAAUAUGGGUCGGGAACGGAUAGGUUUACAGUUGGGGUUUAGAAUCACCUGUUGUAAUGGGAUGAACAUGGCUAUAUAUCUACCAUCUCUUAACUCAUCUAUUCUUUCAUUUCACAUAAUCUCCCCUCAUCUCAGGCAAAUGUCCCUCAGGUGUCCCUCUGUCUCUUCCCCCAUCUUUGGCUCUUCUCCUCCGUAUUUUCCACAUUAGGUAUAUUCUUCACUCCUCCUCCGCCUUUACCCCCUCUUCCCCUUUCUCCUCCCUCUAUCUCUUCUCUCCAUCUCGUCUCCUCUCUCCUACAAACAUUUCUCCUCUUCAGCCGAGGCAUGCAGUGAAGCUGCUGUCUGUUCUGAACCAGAUGCCUCAGAGACACGGUCCAGACACUUUCUUCAACUUCCCCGGACGCAGUGCUGCGGUAAGGCUUUACACUCUGGGCUGGGCUAGCCUGUGAUGUGGACAUUCCCUCUUAUUAUACACCAAAAAAAAGAAAACGUUUUGUUUGUGUGGAGAGCUGAAAAAAGUUAUGCAUAAACUGUAGGUAUCUGUCACUGUUCUAUAAUAUGGUGAAUUGGCUGUUUGGAAUUGUAAUGGUAAUUGAUUAUGUACCUAGCAGCUACCUUGCUCUAUUCUGAUUGGUCAGAUGUUAAUUAAUUGUUGGACAAGAACAGCAAGCAGUUGAGUUGAUGCAUGGCUGUAGAUGUGGUCAGUUCAUUAUAAAGGGUGCGUUCCUCUGCCCAGGCGUUGCUGAUGCAUGCCAGAUCUUAAAACCCCUGGAUAGGUAUUCUACGUAUCAGCUAACCACAUCAUAUGUUAUUGCAAUGUGGUGCCCGACAGCACAGUCGAUGACGUGGUACGCAACCAUUGGUUGAUGCAUGCGAUGUCUUAGCAGGGGAACACCUCCUAAAUCUGCAAAAAAGUAAUUAAUCUCCAUCCAGUGUUUGCCUUCAUAGAGCGUCAUCAAUCCACCAUCUAAAGAACCAUCAGACGACUGCAGUAUGUUUGUUACUUUAUUCGGUUUAGAGAUGACUCUUCCUCUGAAGUCUAUGAUAAGUAUCUCUCUCUCUCUCGCUUAGAACAGGGAGGGAGAGAAGAGAGGGAGGGAGAGAGGAGAGCGGAGAGGAGGAGAGAGAGAGAGAGAGAGAGGCGACGGAGAGAGAAAAGGGCGGAUCAGGCAGCGAACCUGAGCGAGCGCCGGAAGAGAGAGGAGAAAGAGAGGAGAGAAGAGAGAGGCGAAAGGAUAAGAGAGAGAGGAGAAGAGGAGCGAGAGGGAGCGAACCGGGAGAGGUAGAGAGAGAGAGGAGAAGAGAGAGAGCGAUAGAGAGAGGGCCGGGAGGACGAGAGAUAGAAGACGAGAGAGAGGUAGAAAAUGAGAGAGAAGAGACGAAGCGAGCAGAGAGGCGGGACGAAACGAGCACGAGCAUAGAGAGCUCCCUUUCUUCUCUCUCUCUCCCCUCUCUCUCGCUCUCGCUCUCGCUCUCUCCCCUUUCUUCUCUCUCUCUCCCCUCUCUCUCCCCCCUCUCUCCAGGCCAUAGCGCUGCCUCCCAUUGCUAAGUGGCCUUACCAGAACGGUUUCACUCUCAACACCUGGUUCAGAAUGGACCCUCUAAACAACAUCAAUGUAGACAAAGACAAACCAUAUCUCUACUGGUGAGUAGUACUCAUACUGUAUAAACCAUAUCUCUACUGGUGAGUAGUACACAUACUGUAUAAACCAUAUCUCCACUGGUGAGUAGGACACAUACUGUAUAAACCAUAACUGGUGAGUAGGACACAUACUGUAUAAACCAUAUCUCUACUGGUGAGUAGGACACAUACUGUAUAAACCAUAUCUCUAUGGUGAGUAGUACACAUACUGUAUAAACCAUAUCUCUACUGGUGAGUAGUACACAUACUGUAUAAACCAUAACUGGUGAGUAGGACACAUACUGUAUAAACCAUAUCUCUACUGGUGAGUAGGACACAUACUGUAUAAACCAUAUCUCUAUGGUGAGUAGUACACAUACUGUAUAAACCAUAUCUCUACUGGUGAGUAGUACACAUACUGUAUAAACCAUAUCUCCACUGGUGAGUAGGACACAUACUGUUUAAACCAUAUCUCCACUGGUGAGCUUAUAAACCAUGUCUUUACUGAUGAAUACACACGAAGCACAUAAACACAACUGCAGAUGAUCAGUAUCAUUUGCAAAGCCAACCUGGUUGAAACCUCUGAGAUCUAAGUGAAUAAAUAAUAAUUUUAUGUACAGCUGUUGUCCUUUUCACUAGCACCCAAACAGUCCCCCCACUUGUUGUACUGACCCACUGGGCAAAAACUGGUUCAAUCAACAUUGCUUCCACAUAAUUUCAACAAAACUAUUCAAUGUGAUGACGUUGAAUCAACGUGGAAAACUGAUUGGAUUUGCAAAAAGUCAUUAACGUAAGGGAAUUUCGUAUAUUUUUUCACCCAGAUUUUAACCUAAAUCCAAUUAAAUUGUUUGGUUUAUUUCACGUUGAAUUCACGUUAGUUGACAACUCAAAUGUAAAUCAAAACUAGACGUUGAACUGACGUCUGCACAGUGGGGACCCAGUAACUCUAGUGUUUGACCUCUGACCUUCCCUCUAAAUCUGUAAGCAGAUUAUGACCACAAGUUGUUUUUCAUUUCAUUCAUUUUUCAAGGUUUAAAGUUUAUAAGCAGCUCUGUCUGAGGACUCCAUUCUUCCUGAUGAUGUAGUAGAGUAGAAUGCCUAAAGGAGGAAUGAGUCCUGAUUAGAGUGAUUAAAACCAGCCCAGGUCUGAACUGUGGAGGCUGGUACAAGCUAGUGUGUGCGGUGUGUGUGUGUGUACAGGCUGGAAUCAGAGGCAGGCUUCAGAGGGAGGUACAGAGACAGGGUAUAUGGGCUGUAAGGGGAGGUACAGCGGUAACAACUAUUAUUGUAGACUCUAAUGUCCGGCCACCACAGCCCACGUCUGGUGGAGGAUUGUGGGUAAUUAACAGAGCGAUCAAUAGCCUCAAGAGGAGAGUUUAUCAACCACUACUCCAGAUAGAUAGGGAGAUGAGAAACAAACACAAUAUCAUUAUCCUUCUGGUGUGGAUAGUGUUUGGUUGACAUAAACCUGAUAGGAACAAGAUAAUCAUUCCUCCAGUGAGAGAAAGGCAUUAUUUUUCCUGAAUAUCUACAAUGUGAAACAUCAAAUCAAGGGAGCCAAUCUGAAAUUAGAAAUGUAAUGUUCGCACCUCGUAAUUUUGAUGCUAUUAUUUUUUGCAGCUUUCGCACCAGUAAAGGAAUCGGCUACUCUGCACAUUUCGUGGGCAACUGUCUGAUCGUGACAUCACUGAAGUCUAAAGGCAAAGGCUUCCAGCACUGUGUCAAGUAUGACUUUCAACCUAGGAAGGUAAGAGAUGCUUUGACGGACGUCACUGUGCUUGCUUAAUUGUACCAUCUCAAACCGAUACCAGAACCCAGGACCUCUGCCUUGCAAACACACACGACCGCCCUCCUGAAACGUUCUUAGCCACUUGCGCCACCGAAAAGUUAGCAGUUCGGCCGUGCAAGUGGAGACAACAAGGGUGACCAGGUUUAAUCUGUUACCCUGGUAGUGAUCAAUGGUCAGUGUGGUUACACCAGCCUACAGGUCACAUAGCUGAUGAUCAGUAGAGGGCUUAUGUAGCAGUGUGCAGGUCCCAAAUGUGAGUGAUGGUGUGUUGAGGUGCUGCUGAUUAGAAUAGGAUCAUCAGUCUGCUGCUCUAUAGGACUGUGUUGAUCUUGUCAGAAUGUUAUGGAUGAGGCCUGACCACCAGCCUGUUGCUAUGUGGGUACUAUCAGGAAAACCCAUUAAUGAUCUCUUUGGUCAUAUGUAUCAAGCGCUUUAGGCUGUUUUUAAACAGCCAACCUACCCAAAUUUCAGCAGGUAUUGUGCAAAAAACCCACUUCAGAGCAACAAAAAAACUAAUCUGACUGUCCACACAGAGGUCGCAUAUGGAGGAUCGGGUUUGUAUCAGGUUUGAGAUCCACAUAUGGAGGUGGUAUAAAUUGGAAGUCAAAAGAUGAGAUUCCAUGUGGUUUUGUGCUGUUUACACAUUAGAGAAAAGAUCAGAUAGGAAUCAGAAAUGCAAAUAAUUGGCAAAAGAUCUGAAUUGGGCUAGGAGUAGGAGUGCUGAACUAGGAUCAGUGCUGAUCUAGGAUCCAUGUAAUCUUAUUCAUUGUGAUCUAAAAGGCUUAAUCAAUCCUAAAUCAGCACUGAGAUGAUUGAUGCAUACAGCCUCUGGUAUCUAACAGUGACAUCAUCUUAAUAAAACUUUAGAACAUCUUUACAGCAAACUUAGUAUAACUGUGGUUUGGAAAAGGCAAGUUGUGUAUGGAGUACUGAAUUCUGCUGUGUUGGUACAGUAUAUGACACAAUAGAUCAUAUACAAUGUGGGCAGUUUGACUUUAUUAACAGAUCAUCAGGGACAGAAAAUACAGCGCAAUUGUUAGGAUAGACAAACAUCUGUCACAACAAAACACUCCUCCCUCCCUCUCCUCCUCCUCCCCUCCCUCAAAAAGUUUGGGCUCCGCAUGUGGAUCUCAAUAUACCCCAGACUUCUGUCACCACUAGACUUGGCCAGCACUGCUAUCAGAAGCCUAGCCAGUAGCAGACAGUGUCUCCGGUGUCCUCAGACCAGGGAGAGAGACCUGCUCUGUUUAACACUCCCACAGCUGGGUGCACAGUGAGAUGAGCUGAGAGUAUAUAGAGGGAGUGUAUUGUAGCUUGGGAUGUCUGACACCCUACCUGUCUCUGUCCCAGUAGAGAUAGCAAGCUGGCUCAAGGCUCAAGGCUGCUCUCAGACAAUUACAGCCUUCGGUUAAACAGCUGUCAGAAACCAUGGUGUGUCUGACAUGGCACCCUAUUCUGUACAUAGUGCAACACUAUGUACGGAAUUAAGUUCACCCUCUCGUCCGCUCCUCUCUGCACAAGGUCAAUGUUUCUAUUAGUGAAGUCAUCAGUGAUCUUCAUUAAAGUAGAGGGCAGACUUUGAUCUAAAGAUAUCCUCAAAUCAAUUAUCUGCUCUCCUGGUGAUUAAAAGUGAUCUUAAAGGGGGCAUUGCCUCUUAAUAGUCAACUGGAGUAAUCUGAUCCACUCUGCCAUAGUCCUGUUAAUUAUGUGUUUAAAUCCUUUUGAUCUGCAGUAGAUCAACAUAGUGAGGGUUGCAGCUGGAACUGCUUCAUUUAAAACUUUAAAUUGAGAUGAUCCGUUUACAGGUUAGAUUUUCAUAUGUAUCAGAGAACCGCCUUGUGGAUAACUGUAUGGUCUGUAAUAGUGUGUUGUCUAUACCAAUGCCGAAUGUAUGGAUAACUGUAUUGUCUGUAAUACUGUGUUGUCUAUACCAAUGCCGAAUGUAUGGAUAACUGUAUGGUCUGUAAUACUGUGUUGUCUAUACCAAUGCCGAAUGUAUGGAUAACUGUAUUGUCUGUAAUACUGUGUUGUCUAUACCAAUGCCGAAUGUAUGGAUAACUGUAUGGUCUGUAAUACUGUGUUGUCUAUACCAAUGCCGAAUGUAUGGAUAACUGUAUGGUCUGUAAUACUGUGUUGUCUAUACCAUGCCGAAUGUAUGGAUAACUGUAUGGUCUGUAAUAUUGUGUUGUCUAUACCAUGCCGAAUGUAUGGAUAACUGUAUGGUUUGGAAUACUGUGUUGUCUAUACCAUGCAGAAUAUAUGGAUAACUAUAUCAUCUGGAAUACUGUGUUAUCUAUGCUAUGCAGUAGGCCUGUGUAAUACUGCUAUUGUCUCAGCAAUAUGUAUGAGAUCAGAGCUACUGAAUCACAUGAUCCUAUUUGGUCUCUAGAUGAUCUGGGUGACUGAAAUGCAUCCACAAUAGGCUGUGUUUAAAACCCUGUUCAUACAGUGGGAUUGAAUGGGUUGUAGUUUCUAGUGUUAUUAUGUGUGGAGCUGCAUGCACACGCACACACUAUCUCUCUCUCUCUCUCUCUCUCUCUCUCUCUCUCUCUCUCUCUCUCUCUCUCUCUCUCUCUCUCUUUCUCUCUUUCACUCACUCACUCACUCACCCACUCACUCACUCACUCACUCACUCACUCUAACCCUCUCUCUCCUCUCUGUGUUUCAGUGGUACAUGAUCAGCAUCGUCCAUAUCUACAACCGCUGGAGGAACAGUGAGAUCCGUUGCUAUGUCAACGGUCAGCUGGUCUCCUAUGGCGACAUGGCCUGGCACGUCAACACCAGCGACGUGAGAAUGCUCCUCAUUGCUGAUUGAUUGGUUGAUUGAAGCUUGAUUGAUUGACUGACUCUCCUGUCACUGCUCCUUCCUGUUGUGAGCCCUAUGCAAGGUCGUGUUCAGGCACAUUUUGAACAGUUUUGAAACAUUUCUUAUUGGAAGUGGAGGUAUUACCUGUUUUUCACUCCGUUUUCCCCUGUUUUCUUCCCCACUGAACACGGCCUUGGUGGUAGUAAUAUUUGUGGUUGUGAUGGUUGUGGCUGUGAUAUUUGUGGUUGUGAUGUUUGUGGUUGUGAUAUUUGUGGCUGUGAUGUUUGUGAUGUUUGUGGUUGUGAUGUUUGUGGCUGCAAAUGCAGCAUUUGAUCAUCUGCCACAGUUUGAAAUCAUCAGAGCCAAGAUUGCGUCCCAAAUGGCACCCUAUUCUCUAUAUGGGCCCUGGUCAAAAGUAGUGCACUAUAAAGGUAAUAGGGUGCCAUUUGGGACACAGCCAGAGAUGCAUAAAUCUUUUGUGGUGCUCAUUGAGUUUCAGCGCUGUGAGAGAGUUUACUUCUGGGAGCAGAGCUGCGUUUUCAAAGCUUCCAUUUGAAUAACCAUUUAUCAGGGAGAUGUUUGAAGAGAGGAAGGCCGUAGAAGAAGAGACAGGAAGGGAGGAUGACAAAUUGAGAGAAUAGCUUCAUGUAAUGUGGGAGAAAGAUGAAGGCUGCUAUCUACAGAGUUAGGGCUAGAUGGGGUAUGUGUGGUGGAUAUUAUUAUAACCCACUUCUACAAGGCAGGGGUUACAGGUACAGGUUUAUAAGGACAGACACACACACACUAUUGGCUCUGGUCAAAGGUAGUGCACUAAAUAGGGAAUAGGGUGCCAUUUGGGAUGCAGGCCUAAGUGUCUGUCAGCCUUCCUUCCUCUCUGAGUAGCAAUCUAUUAGAGGCCCUGUGACUCAUGCGCUCUCAUAAUUAUCCUAUUUGCCCAUUCAAAAGCUGUCAUCAGUUUUUUUUGUCUGUUAAUUGCUCUGCUACUCCGCUGUCUUUGAAGAUGUGCUGGAUGUGUUAAAGGACAUGACCCUAUCCUCUCAUCUCCGUCUCAGUGUCCGUAUAAUGGCCCUAACCAUUUCCCAGAACAAUAUAGAUAGAGAGAGUUUGGACAUUGUGGUUUAUGUUUGAAUGUUUUAAAUAUAUCCCUCUUUGUGUCAUUGUACAGAGCUAUGAUAAACCCUAUUUUCUCUCUCUGUGUCCCUGAUCCUCUCCUCUCCCCUCUCUCUGUCUCCUCUCUCUCUCUCUCUCUCUCUCUCCCCCCUCCCUCUUCUCUCCCGCUACAGAGCUAUGAUAAACCCCCUGCUCUGUGUGCCCGUGUACUGACCCUCUCCUCUCCCUCUGCAGAGUUAUGAUAAGUGCUUCCUGGGUUCGUCAGAGACAGCUGAUGCUAACAGGGUGUUCUGUGGUCAGCUGGGGGCCAUCUAUGUGUUCUCUGAGGCUCUCAACCCAGCUCAGAUAUUUGCCAUUCAUCAGCUGGGAGCGGGCUAUAAGGUACGUACUGGGUUGACUGAAUUAGGGUACUGAUAUGUUAGGUUAGGAUAGGAUUAACUUUAAUGGUACAUGCACACAGCCUGCUACACCUAUCAAUCUGUGAAAUCAAUGCUGCUUGCUACAGUUUCCUGUUUCCUGCUACCUGGUGUCUCUAUCCAAAGAGAUAUUCUUGAAUGUGUCCUGUGUCCUAACACUGUAUACACUGCAUGCACAGUGUUCUGUUCCCUGGCUGUCCCUUAAACUAUGGUUUGGACUGUUAAACAGACCCAUAGUUAGUCAUAGCCUGUCUCAUCCAGUCUCUCAGGAGACACCAACAGACAGGGCAGUCUAACAGGGUAUAGGAGACACCAACAGACAGGGCAGUCUAACAGGGUAUAGGAGACACCAACAGAUAGGGCAGUCUAACAGGGUAUAGGAGACACCCACAGACAGGGCAGUCUAACAGGGUAUAGGAGACACCCACAGACAGGGCAGUCUAACAGGGUAUAGGAGACACCAACAGACAGGGCAGUCUAACAGGGUAUAGGAGACACCCACAGACAGGGCAGUCUAACAGGGUAUAGGAGACACCCACAGACAGGGCAGUCUAACAGGGUAUAGGAUACACCAACAGACAGGGCAGUCUAAAAGGGUAUAGGAGACACCAACAGACAGGGCAGUCUAACAGGGUAUAGGAGACACCAACAGACAGGGCAGUCUAACAGGGUAUAGGAGACACCCACAGACAGGGCAGUCUAACAGGGUAUAGGAGACACCAACAGACAGGGCAGUCUAACAGGGUAUAGGAGACACCAACAGACAGGGCAGUCUAACAGGGUAUAGGAGACACCAACAGAUAGGGCAGUCUAACAGGGUAUAGGAGACACCAACAGACAGGGCAGUCUAACAGGGUAUAGGAGACACCAACAGACAGGGCAGUCUAACAGGGUAUAGGAGACACCCACAGACAGGGCAGUCUAAAAGGGUAUAGGAGACACCAACAGACAGGGCAGUCUAACAGGGUAUAGGAGACACCCACAGACAGGGCAGUCUAACAGGGUAUAGGAGACACCCACAGACAGGGCAGUCUAACAGGGUAUAGGAGACACCCACAGACAGGGCAGUCUAACAGGGUAUAGGAGACACCCACAGACAGGACAGUCUAACAGGGUAUAGGAGACACCCACUCCCGUUGUUACUGGUUUUUAUGUGUAUGUCCUGUCUGCAUGUAUUAGUGGAGCUGCCAGAGAGAAGCUGGCUGUAGAGACCUGCAGACUGAGCCUACUCUACCAGGUCCCAGGAGGUUGUUAACUACCGAUCCUGGGAUCAUAAUAGUCCCGGUGUGUGUCUGGUCUACUGAGCCUGGUCUACUCUGCUUGUUAUCUCAGCUAUCUACAUCUCUUCACAAGACAGAGGCUCCACUAUUUCACUGUAGGUCUCAUCUAUUUCAUUGUAGGUCUCAUCUCUCGCCAUCUGAAUCAUCAUGUCUGUUUUAUUUUAUUUAUUUUUAUUUCACCUUUAUUUAACCAGGUAAGCCAGUUGAGAACAAGUUCUCAUUUACAACUGCGACCUGGCCAAGAUAAAGCAAAGCAGUGCGAUAAAAACAACAACAACACAGAGUUACAUAUGGAAUAAACAAAACGUACAGUCAAUAACACAAUAGAAAAUCUAUAUACAGUGUGUGCAAAUGUAGUAAGUUAUGGAGGUAAGGCAAUAAAUAGGCAAUUUAGUAUUAACACUAGAGUGAUAGAUGUGCAGAAGAUGAUGUGCAAAUAGAGAUACUGGGGUGCAAAUGAGCAAAAUAAAUAACAAUGUAAAUAACAAUAUGGGGAUGGUGCAGUGAUCGGUAAGCUGCUCUGACAAUUGAUGCUUAAAGUUAGUGAGGGAGAUAAGAGUCUCCAGCUAUCGUUUAGGACCUUGAGCGUGGCUGAGGUGCACCCAUGACCAGCUCGGAAACCAGAUUGCAUAGCGGAGAAGGUACGGUGGGAUUCGAAAUGGUCGGUGAUCUGUUUGUUAACUUGGCUUUCAAAUACUUUCGAAAGGCAGGGCAGGAUGGAUAUAGUAUUUGAUACACUGCCGAUUUUGCAGGUUUUCCUACUUACAAAGCAUGUAGAGGUCUGUAAUUUUUAUCAUAGGUACGGAAUCUAAAACAAAAAUCCAGAAAAUCACAUUGUAUGAUUUUUAAGUAAUUAAUUUGCAUUUUAUUGCAUGACAUAAGUAUUUGAUCACCUACCAACCAGUAAGAAUUCCGGCUCUCACAGACCUGUUUGUUUUUCUUUAAGAAGCCCUCCUGUUCUCCACUCAUUACCUGUAUUAACUGCACCUGUUUGAACUCGUUACCUGUAUAAAAGACACCUGUCCACACACUCAAUCAAACAGACUCCAACCUCUCCACAAUGGCCAAGACCAGAGAGCUGUGUAAGGACAUCAGGGAUACAAUUGUAGACCUGCACAAGGCUGGGAUGGGCUACAGGACAAUAGGCAAGCAGCUUGGUGAGAAGGCAACAACUGUUGGCGCAAUUAUUAGAAAAUUGAAGAAGUUCAAGAUGAAGGUCAAUCACCCUCGGUCUGGGGCUCCAUGCAAGAUCUCACCUCGUGGGGCAUCAAUGAUCAUGAGGAAGGUGAGGGAUCAGCCCAGAACUACACGGCAGGACCUGGUCAAUGACCUGAAGAGAGCUGGGACCACAGUCUCAAAGAAAACCAUUAGUAACACACUACGCCAUCAUGGAUUAAAAUCCUGCAGCGCACGCAAGGUCCCCCUGCUCAAGCCAGCGCAUGUCCAGGCCCGUCUGAAAUUUGCCAAUGACCAUCUGGAUGAUCCAGAGCAGGAAUGGGAGAAGGUCAUGUGGUCUGAUGAGACAAAAAUAGAGCUUUUUGGUCUAAACUCCACUCGCCGUGUUUGGAGGAAGAAGAAGGAUGAGUACAACCCCAAGAACACCAUCCAAACCGUGAAGCAUGGAGGUGGAAACAUCAUUCUUUGGGGAUGCUUUUCUGCAAAGGGGACAGGACGACUGCACCUUAUUGAGGGGAGGAUGGAUGGGGACAUGUAUCGCGAGAUCUUGGCCAACAACCUCCUUCCCUCAGUAAGAGCAUUGAAGAUGGGUCGUGGCUGGGUCUUCCAGCAUGACAACGACCCGAAACACACAGCCAGGGCAACUAAGGAGUGGCUCCGUAAGAAGCAUCUCAAGGUCCUGGAGUGGCCUAGCCAGUCUCCAGACCUGAACCCAAUAGAAAAUCUUUGGAGGGAGCUGAAAGUCCGUAUUGCCCAGCGACAGCCCUGAAACCUGAAGGAUCUGGAGAAGGUCUGUAUGGAGGAGUGGGACAAAAUCCCUGCUGCAGUGUGUGCAAACCUGGUCAAGACCUACAGGAAACGUAUGAUCUCUGUAAUUGCAAACAAAGGUUUCUGUACCAAAUAUUAAGUUCUGCUUUUCUGAUGUAUCAAAUACUUAUGUCAUGCAAUAAAAUGCAAAAUAAUUACUUAAAAAUCAUACAAUGUGAUUUUCUGGAUUUUUGUUUUUAGAUUCUGUCUCUCACAGUUGAAGUGUACCUAUAAUAAAAAUUACAGACCUCUACAUGCUUUGUAAGUAGGAAAACCUGCAAAAUCGGCAGUGUAUCAAAUACUUGUUCUCCCCACUGUAGGUCUGUAACAGUUUGGAUCUAGAGUGUCACCCCCUUUGAAGAGCCGUAGCAAAAUGCUUAUUGAAAUUCUCGAUUAUCGUAGAUUUAUCGGUGGUGACAGUGUUUCCUAGCCUCAGUGCAGUGGGUAGCUGGGAGGAGGGGCUCUUAUUCUCCAUGGACUUUACAGUGUCCCAAAACCUUUUGGAGUUAGUGCUACAGGAUGCAAAUUUCUGUUUGAAAAAGCUAGCCUUUGCUUUCCUAACUGAUUGUGUAUAUUGGUUCCUGACUUCCCUGAAUAGUUGCAUAUCGCGGGGGCUGUUCGAUGCUAAUGCAAUACGCCACAGGAUGUUUAUGUGCUGGUCAAGGGCAGUCAAGUCUGGGGUGAACCAGGGGCUAUAUUUGUUCUUAGAUCUGAAUUUUUCGAAUGUAGCUAGAAGAGGGAUGUAUCUCGCCUCUCAUCACUCCUCGGUGUCUGUGGCUGUUCAUUCAUUAUUCACUCCUCCGUUGAGAGGACAUUCCUGAUUUCCUGAUUAAUAACAUACCAAUCGAUGAUGCAUUGAUUGACUAAUUGAGCUCCUCUCUCACCUGCCAUCCUUAAUGGAUUGGUUACAUUAAGACUGAGUGACUCAGUUAUCGAUCAGCAACAUGUUCCAUUAAUAUAUGAAUAUGACACUACUGCUGCUGCUGAGGUAUGGAUGGCACCUCCAGUUUAGUAGAUGAAUGAGCUGUCAUGAUACCAUACCUUAUCACAUCUCUCUUCUCUCUCUUCUCCCACUCUCUCUCUUUCCCUAUCUCUCUCUCUCUCUGCCUUUCUCCCCAUCUCCCUUUCUCCUCUCCCUCUCUCUGUCUCUGUUUCUCUCCCUCUAUCCCUAUCUCUGUCUAUCUCUCUAUUACUCCCCUCUCUGUAGAGUACGUUUAAGUUUAAGUCAGAGAGUGACAUCCACCUGGCGGAGCACCAUAAGCAGGUCCUGUAUGAUGGGAAGCUGGCCAGCUCCAUCUCCUUCACCUACAACGCCAAGGCUACCGACGCCCAGCUCUGCCUGGAGUCAUCGCCCAAGGAGAACACCUCCAUCUUCGUCCACUCACCCCACGCCCUUAUGCUACAGGUUAGUCUCACUACAUGUUCUUAUCCAGGUACAGAUGCCGUCAAAUAUAUUGGCACCCUUGCACUUUACAAUGGAGUGCAAUGGAGGUCAAUUAUCUGUUUUCUCUUUUUAAAACGGAUAGAAUUUUUACCCAAAAGUUUUUUCAAUUUCAACUUAUUUUAGAAGAAAUAGUGAAUUGUGCAAGGGUGACAAUAUAUUUGACCGGUAACUGUAAGUCUCACUCCAUAUGCUUAUAAAACAGGUUAGUCUCACCCCAUGUCCUUUUAAUACACGUAUGAUUAAGUUAUAGUAAAAUAACACUGUAUUGUUCCCUGGUAGGAUGUGAAGGCCAUAGUGACCCACUCCAUCCACAGUGCCAUCCACUCAAUAGGAGGGAUCCAGGUGCUGUUCCCUCUCUUCUCCCAGCUGGACUACCAUCAACCCAACGCCCAGCACAACUACCAGCACCAUGAGACCCAGCUGGAGACUACCGUUUGGUGAGUACAGGAAAUUUCUGACAUCUUCAAGCGAGUGUCCGAGUCUUCUACUAUGAGAAUGUUGAGAAUCAACUUUCUAAUUUACCCCUCCCUGCUGAUCCUUGUCCUGAAGGUCCAGUGUUGUCCUUGUCAGAGCGUCCCACUGAGCCCUGCGCCAAUCAGAGCUCUGCCAUAAUCCUGAUUUAGCUCAGUUACAGAGACCACACUGGGGAGACACACACACAGCAGCUCAGACCCAGGCACUGCAGUGCCUAGGGCCCUCUAUCUGGUGCAGCCAGGGGCUAAGCCUGCUGGGUAGUGUUCCAUCCCAUCCCAUACCAGCCCAGCCAAGCCAGCUAGUGAACUCUGAAUGACUGUAGUGGUUCUGCUGCCUGUUCCAGUGAGUUUACCUCUAAACUAACUGAUGAGUUAGCCUUAACGCAGGGAUGCAAAGUUAGGACCCAAACAUAUGCUAUGUGAUGUGUGAUUAACUCUACAAUUUAAGAUUUACAGAUUGUCCUACUAAAUUGUGAACGUAAAUUCAAUCAAGCAGUUACUCUAUAAAUGAGGAAUGCAUUUACUCAAAUCAACUAACAGAUUUAUUAGUCACGAAUGAAUUAACACUCAAUUACAGUGUACAUGAAAUACAUUAUACAGAAUAAAACAGAGUAAACAUCUAUCACAAAUAAGAUUUACGUGCUUACAUCUCUGAGAGAAAAAGUCUAAUGUGUGUCUGUACACACAUUGAGCUUGCAAACAAAGUCUUGAUGAACCAAAAGAGACUCCGACCUUUUAUCCUUGGAAAAACAGAAACUCACCUAAAUUUAAAUUUCUUUGCACUUUUCUGGGGGGAAACAAAAGGAAGGACAUCACACUCGGAUUCUAAUCUAAUUAUCAAACUCCUAAAUGUUAGUGUAACGACAGGACACCAGGAAGCUGCCCAUCUGAUAAGCGAUCAGCCCAUCAUACAAUUCUGACCAGUCUUUCUGAAAAGACAUCAAUCAGAACACGUACAGUACAACAAGACAUAUCAAACUGUUGAGCUCUUGAAACAAUCCAAAUAUGACAAUAAUCCAUUCACGAGGUCAGGUCCAAUUUUAAUCACUUUCAGACUUGAGGGCGGCGGGAACCAAAUGGAGUCUCCUGUACUUCGUAGAAAUGUCCCGCCCAGGGCUGCAGGUACGAGUAAGGAUGUACCUCGCUCUUUGAAAUGGUAAAACAUGGUUAUUUCUCUAGAUUUAAUAAACUACAGGACAAAAUACAAACCCUCCAAACCAAAAAGGCCUGUGGUGUUGAUGGUAUCCUAAAUGAAAUGAUAAAAUAUACAAACCACAAAUUCCAAUUGUCUAUACUUAAACUCUUUAACAUCAUCCUGAGCUCUGGCAUCUUCCCCAAUAUUUAGAACCAAGGACUGAUCACCCCAAUCCACAAAAGUGGAGACAAAUUUGACCCCAAUAACUACCGUGGGAUAUGCGUCAACAGCAACCUUGGGAAAAUCUUCUGCAUUAUCAUUAACAGCAGACUCGUACAUUUCCUCAGUGAAAACAAUGUACUGAGCAAAUGUCAAAUUGGCUUUUUACCAAAUUACCGUACAACAGACCACAUUCACCCUGCACACCCUAAUUGACAAACAAACAAACCAAAACAAAGGCAAAGUCUUCUCAUGCUUUGUAGAUUUCAAAAAAGCUUUUGACUCAAUUUGGCAUGAGGGUCUGCUAUACAAAUUGAUGGAAAGUGUUGUUGGGGGAAAAACAUACGACAUUAUAAAAUCCAUGUACACAAACAACAAGUGUGCAGUUAAAAUUGGCAAAAAACACACACUUUUCUUCCACAGGGCCGUGGGGUGAGACAGGGAUGCUGCUUGAGCCCCAUCCUCUUCAGCAUAUACAGUGCAUUCGUAAAUUAUUCAGACCUCUUCACUUUUUCCACAUUUUGUUACAUUACAGGCUUAGUCUAAAAUGGAUUGAAUAAAAAUAAUUCCUCAUCAAUCUACACACAAUACACCAUAAUGACAAAGUAAAAACAGGUUUUUAGAAAUUUUUGCGAAUGUAUUCAAAAUAAAAAACGGAAAUACCUUAUUUACAUAAGUAUUCAGACCCUUUGCUAUGAGAUUCGAAAUUGAGCUCCGGUGCAUCCUGUUUCCAUUGAUCAUCCUUGAUGUUUCUACAAAUUGAUUGGAGUCCACCUGUGGUAAAUUCAAUUGAUUGGACAUGAUUUGGAAAGGCACACACCUGUCUAUAUAAAGGUCCCACGGUUGACAGUGCAUGUCAGAGCAAAAACCAAGCCAUGAGGUUGAAAGAAUUGUCCGUAGAGCUCCGAGACAUGAUUGUGUUGAGGUACAGAUCUGGGGAAGGGUACCAAAACAUUUCUGCAGCAUUGAAGGUCCCCAAGAACACAAUGGCCUCCAUCAUUCUUAAAUGGAAGAAGUUUGGAACCACCAGCUGGCUGGGCCAAACUGAGAAAUCGUGGGAGAAGGUCCCUGGUCAGGGAGGUGACCAAGAACCCGAUGGUCACUCUGACAGAGCUCCACAGUUCCUCUGUGGAGAUGGGAGAACCAUUCAGAAGGACAACCCUCUCUGCAGCACUCCACCAAUCAAACCUUUAUGGUAGAGUGGCCAGACGGAAGCAACUCCUCAGUAAAAGGCACAUGACAGCCCGCUUGGAGUUUGCCAAAAGGCACCUAAAGGACUCUCAGACCAUGAGAAACAAGAUUCUCUGGUCUGAUGAAACCAAGAUUGAACUCUUUGGCCUGAAUGCCAAGUGUCACGUCUGGAGGAAACCUGGCACCGCUCAUCACCUAGCUAAUACCAUCCCUACGGUGAAGCAUGGUGGUGGCAGCAUCAUGCUGUGGGGAUGUUUUUCAGCGGCAGGGACUGGGAGACUAGUCAGGAUCGAGGGAAAGAUGAACAGAGCAAAUUUCUACAAAUCUGUUUUUGCUUUGUCAUUAUGGGGUAUUGUGUGUAGAUUGAUGAGGGGAAAAAACGAUUUAAUCCAUUUUAGAAUAAAGCUGUAACAUAACAAAAUGUGGAAAAAAGUGAUGGGGUCUGAAUACCUUCCGAAUGCACUGUAUAUCAACGAAUUGGCGAGGGAACUAGAACAAUCUGCAGCACCCGGCCUCACCCUACUAGAAUCUGAAGUAAAAUGUCUACUGUUUGCUGAUGAUCUGAUACUGUCAAGGCCUACAGCAGCACCUAGAUCUUCUGAACAGAUUAUGUCAGACCUGGGCCCUGACAGUAAAUCUCAGUAAGACAAAAAUAAUGGUGUUCCAAAAAAAGGUCCAGUUGCCAGGACCACAAAUACAAAUACACCAUUGCCCUAGAGCACACAAAAAACUAUACCUACCUCAGCCUAAACAUCAGUACCACAGGUAACUUCCACAAAGCUGUGAACGAUCUGAGAGACAAGGCAAGUAGGGCCUUCUACGCCAUCAAAAGGAACAUCAAAUUCAACAUCCCAAUUAGAAUCUGGCAAAAAAUACUUUAAUCAGUUAUAGAACCCAUUGGCCUUUAUGGUUGUGAGGUCUGGGGUCCACUCACCAAUCAAGAAUUCACAUAAUGGGACAAACACCAAAUUGAAACUAUGCGUGCAGAAUUCUGCAAAAACAUCCUUUGUGUACAAUGUAAAACACCAAAUAAUGCAUGUAGAGCAGAAUUAGGCCGAUACCCGCUAAUGAUCAAAAUCCAGAAAAGAGCCGUUAAAUUCUACAACCACCUAAAAGUAAGAGAUUCCCAAACCUUCCAUAACAAAGCCAUCACCUACAGAGAGAUUAAUCUAGAGAAGAGUCCCUUAAGCAAGCUGGUCCUGGGGCUCUGUUCACAAACAGACCCCACAGAGCACCAGGACAGAAACACAAUUAGACCCAACCAAAUCAUAAGAAAAAUAUAAUUACUUGACACAUAGGAAAGAAUUUACCGAAAAACAGAGCAAACUGGAUUGCUAUUUGGCCCUAAACAGCGAGUACAUAGUGGCAGAAUACCUGACCACUGUGACUGACCCAAAAUUAAGGAAAGCUUUGACUAUGUACAUACUCAGUGAGCAUAGCCUGGCUCUCAAGAGAAGACAGGCUAUGUGCACGCUGCCCACAAAAUGAGGUGGAAAAAUGAGCUACACUUCCUAACCUCCUGCCAAAUGUAUGACCAUAUUAGAGACACAUACAGUAUUUCCAUCAGAUUACACAGACCCACAAAGAAUUAGAAAACAAGUCCAAUAUCUAUUGGGUGAAAUACCAGUGUGCCAUAACAGCAACAAUAUUUGUGACCUGUUGCCACAAGAAAAGGGCAACCAGUGAAGAACAAACACCAUUGUAAAUACAAUCCAUAUUUUUGUUUAUCUAUUUUACUUGCUUUGGCAAUGUAAACAUAUGUUUCCCAUGCCAAUAAAGCCUGUUGAAUUUAAUUGAAUUAAUGCCAUGAAUCGUGAUUGACCACACGCUGUGCUGGUGCCAGUCAGUUGCAGAUGCAGUCUGUAUACAGAGUCUAAGAAGGUCAUCAUCUCUCCCCACUACACUGGCUCUUGUCCUGUAGAGCUGUGCGCUCAUCACUGUGUCCUUGUGAUGUUUCUGGACCUGGAGAGAGUCCCUCUGGAGGAUGGGAGGAAAGCGGAUUAGCGAGUGUCAGAGAGAGCCUCUGUCAUACUGCCAAGACACAGUCACUCUGCCAGGACAGGCUUUAACUGAGGGACCCACUACAAAGAGAGUAACUGACCCCAAUGCAGCAGUAAACAGCUCCUCCACUUCUUCUCAGAGGACACCAUGUCUUUAGGAUUAGAGACUGAUAAAAGGACUAGGAGAUGAGCCGGGGCUAGAAGAUGAGGUUUGGAGCUGGGGCUAGGAGAUGAGGCUGGGGCUAGGAGAUGAGGCUGGGGCUAGGAGAGAAGGCUGGGGCUAGGAAAUUAGGCUGGGGCUAGGAGAGAAGCCUGGCGCUAGGAGAUGAGGCUGGGAGCUGGGACUAGGAGAGAAGCAUGGGGCUAGGAGAUGAGGCUGGGAGCUGGGACUAGGAGAGAAGCCUGGGGCUAGGAGAUGAGGCUGGGAGCUGGGACUAGGAGAGAAGCAUGGGGCUAGGAGAUGAGGCUGGGAGCUGGGACUAGGAGAGAAGGCUGGGGAUAGGAGAUGAGGCUGGGAGCUGGGACUAGGAGAGAAGCAUGGGGCUAGGAGAUGAGGCUGGGAGCUGGGACUAGGAGAGAAGCAUGGGGCUAGGAGAUGAGGCUGGGAGCUGGGACUAGGAUAGAAUGCUGGGGAUAGGAGAUGAGGCUGGGAACUGGGGCUAGGAGAGAAGGCUGGGGAUAGGAGAUGUGGCAGGGAACUGGGGCUAGGAGAGAAGGCUGGGGAUAGGAGAUGUGGCAGGGAACUGGGGCUAGGAGAGAAGGCUGGGGAUAGGAGAUGUGGCAGGGAACUGGGGCUAGGAGAGAAGGCUGGGGAUAGGAGAUUAGGCUGGGAGCUGGGGGGUUAGGAGUCUCCAGUCUCCAGCUAAUUGCUGACUUCCUCAGAAGAUGACCUUGAAUUAGCUUAUCCUCUGUCUGUCCCUCUGUCUCUCUCCCUAUCUCCAAUUCUGCUACUGCCUUAUAUAAUUUCCCCUUUCGACUACCUGACUGGUAGGAUCUCAGAGGAACAGGGUUCACGCCUAGAGAUGGUACAGGAGCAUCUACACUGCUGAGACACAGACAGCCCUAGGACCACCAUAUUGUAUGAUGUAAUGAUGGUAUUACACAGUAGAGGAGCACUUUAUCUACAUUUUGACACAUUUGGCUUUUUAUGUACACACUCCUGCACACCUCCUGAUGUGUGUCCGUGUCCUUAUAAACCUGUGUGUAUGUGUGUUGCAGUGCCACCCUCCUGGUGUUCCUGGUUGACCUGUUGAAGAGUUCGGUGGCGAUGCAGGAACAGAUGCUGGGAGGGAAAGGAUUCCUUGUAAUCGGGUUUCUGCUGGAGAAGGUAGAAACUCUAACCUAAACCCUAUAGCACACUGGUGAUAAGGCAUGGACUCUUUGUCAUCUUCCAUAGUUUUGUAUGUACAAUCGUGGUCAAAAGUUUUGAGAAUGACACAAGUAUUCAUCUUCGCAAAGUUUGCUGCUUCAGUGUUUUUAGAUAUUUUUGUCAGAUGUUACUAUGGUAUACUGAAGUAUAAUUACAAGCAUUCCAUAAGUGUCAAAGGCUUUUAUUGACAAUUACAUUAAGUUUAUGCAAAGAGUCAAUAUUUGCAGUGUUGACCCUUCUUUUUCAAGACCUCUGCAAUCCGCCCUGGCAUGCUGUCAAUUAACUUCUGGGCCACAUCCUGACUGAUGGCAGCCCAUUCUUGCAUAAUCAAUGCUUGGAGUUUGUCAGAAUUUGUGGGUUUUUGUUUGUCUACCCGCCUCCUGAGGAUUGACCACAAGUUCUCAAUGGGAUUAUGGUCUGGGGAGUUUCCUGGCCAUGGACCCAAAAUGUCGAUGUUUUGUUCCCCGAGCCACUUAGUUAUCACUUUUGCCUUAUGGCAAGGUGCUCCAUCAUGCUGGAAAAGGCAUUGUUCGUCACCAAACUGUUCUUGGAUGGUUUGGAGAAGUUGCUCUCGGAGGAUGUGUUGGUACCAUUCUUUAUUCAUGGCUGUGUUCUUAGGCAAAAUUGUGAGUGAGCCCACUCCCUUGGCUGAGAAGCAACCCCACACAUGAAUGGUCUCAGGAUGCUUUACUGUUGGCAUGACACAGGACUGAUGGUAGCGCUCACCUUGUCUUCUCCGGACUAGCUUUUUUCCAGAUGCCCCAAACAAUCGGAAAGGGGAUUCAUCAGAGAAAAUGACUUUACCCCAGUCCUCAGCAGUCCAAUCCCUGUACCUUUUGCAGAAUAUCAGUCUGUCCCUGAUGUUUUUCCUGGAGAGGUGGCUUCCUCGCUGCCCUUCUUGACACCAGGCCAUCCUCCAAAAGUCUUCGCCUCACUGUGCGUGCAGAUGCACUCACACCUGCCUGCUGCCAUUCCUGAGCAAGCUCUGCACUGUUGGUGCCCCAAUCCCGCAGCUGAAUCAACUUUAGGAGACGGUCCUGGCGCUUGCUGGACUUUCUUGGGCGCCCUGAAGCCUUCUUCACAACAAUUGAACCUCUCUCCUUGAAGUUCUUGAUGAUCUGAUAAAUGGUUGAUUUAGGUGCAAUCUUACUAGCAGCAAUAUCCUUGCCUGUGAAGGCCUUUUUGUGCAAAGCAAUGAUGACGGCACGUAUUUCCUUGCAGGUAACCGUGGUUAACAGAGGAAGAACAAUGAUUUCAAGCACCACCCUCCUUUUAAAGCUUCCAGUCUGUUAUUCUAACUCAAUCAGCAUGACAGAGUCAUCUCCAGCCUUGUCCUCGUCAACACUCUCACCUGUGUUAACGAGAGAAUCACUGACAUGAUGUCAACUGGUCCUUUUGUGGCAGGACUGAAAUGCAGUGGAAAUGUUUUUUGGGGAUUAAGUUCAUUUUCAUGGUAAAGGAGGGACUUUGCAAUUAAUUGCAAUUCAUCUGAUCACUCUUCAUAACAUUCUGGAGUAUAUACAAAUUGCCAUCAGGCAGCAGACUUUGUGAAAAUUAAUAUUUGUGUCAUUCUCCAAACGUUUGACCACAACUGUAUAUACUGCUUUGCUAUGAUGUUGUGGCUAUAUGGGUUUUUAAUGAUCCAAUAAUUUCAAUCAAUCAAUUAAAUCAAUACAUCAUACAUUGUACCUCAAAUGGCACGCUAUUCCCCAUAUAGUGCACCACAUUUUACCAAAGCUACAGGGUUUGGUUUGGCCUAAUAGGGCUCUGAUCAAAAGGUAGUGCACUAUAUAGGGAGUAGAGUGCAAUUUAAGUUUACCCGUUCUUACUUUCUAUGGUGUGCCUGGCAACAGCUGAUGACAGUUAUUUAUAGAUAGAUAUCUUUCAACCAAUGUCCCUUAAUAUUCUGUAGUUCAAAGCCUCUUUACUCCUCACUCUCAGUCAAAGGAUAUCAGAGGAGGACCAGAAAUAGAUCCAUAGCUCUGAAACAGACAGGGACACAACAGAGCAUCAGCCAGUCAUGCAGACUCUGUAAUGUUGUUUGAAACAUGGAGCCCAGUAGCCCUCAGACUGAUAUGAUCAAACCACAGAUAAAAGAACAGAGCAGAGAGGCACAGAGGUGAGGAAGAAGAAUCCACUUUCUGUUUUGAAGGGUAUGUAGCCUCACUGCUUCCCCAGCCAGCCGCAGUCAGGCUGUGUCCAAAUUGGCAUCCUAUUCCCUACAUAGUGCACUUAUUUUGACCAGAGCCCUAUGUGGCCUUUUUGGACGCAGACAGACUGUCCUGUAGCAUCCUGACAUCUAUCCAUCGGAGUCCAGCAGAGCCCAGAGCUCAGGGCCAGGAACAGGUGGCUGUAACAGGGGCCAGGCGGGGGAAACACUUUAUCACUCUCUCUCUCUCUCUGUCUUUGUCGCUCUCUCUUUCUCUCCUCUCCCUCCCGCUGCCAGCUCUCUCACACUCACACCAUCCUGCCAUCUGGUUUAGAUCUGUUUUAUACCACAGCUAGAAUAUUAGGAGAUACUACCUCUACCUGGUCAGGAGACAUGUGACAGAAAGACAGACAACAAUAAUAACAGAAGGACUCCUGGAUGCUCAGUCAAAUGCUCUCAAACUUUGCUUGUUUGGUGAAAUGUCUAUACAUCCCAGUUGACUACUUCAAAAUGGUGAAACUUCUCAAUGGCACUGCCCAUGCUAAAACAGGCUUUGUGGCAAGUGAACCCUCUAUCCAACUCUAUGGUUGGCAAGAGUUAUAUGUUAUCGAUUGAUUGAUUUAUUGAUUGAUUGACUGGUUGAUUGAUUGAUUGAGUAUCCAGUGGUCUGACCAUUCCCUGUGCCUCCAGUCCUCCAGGGUCCACAUCACGCGUGCGGUCCUGGAGCAGUUCCUGUCCUUCGCUAAGUACCUGGACGGGUUAACCCAUGGAGCGCCACUCCUCAAACAGCUCUGUGACCACAUCCUGUUCAACGCAGCCAUCUGGAUACACACCCCCGCCAAGGUAAGCCCUGCGCCCACACCCCUGCCAAGGUAAACUCCAUCCGCACACCCCCCGUCAAGGUAGACCUCGUCCCCAUAAAGGUGAGCUCCACCCAAUCUGGUUCCACUGGGUCCAGGUAGCUUCUUGGUAACCCACCUGAGUUCUGACUCACUGAAGACUGUUUAGAGCAUUACUCACUACUACCAUGAUCCAUUAUCAGGGACCUGAUAUUAGUGGAUAUUUUCUCCUCUGGAUUGAAGACUUCACCACUGACUGAGGUUUACUGCCUGCUGUCACAAUCAGCUCCUCAGCCCUGAGAAGAAUCUAAAAGUUAAAGAGUGAAAAUACGUAAGGACCCGUGAAGAAGUGGAUGAGGCGGAUCAGAGGAGCUGGGUUGUGUGGAGAAUCCCUUCUCCUCACUGACACCGCCGCUGGUGGCUCUUAUGAAUAAAUAUAGAACAGUUGAAGGGAAAUGUCUCAGGAGUUGUGGCCAAUCUCUCACGAGAGAGAGAGAGAGAGAGAGAGAGAGAGAGAGAGAGAGAGAGAGAGAGAGAGAGAGAGAGAGAGAGAGAGAGAGAUCUGUUAGAUGGAAUGUGUAGGAUUAUUGUCCAGUCUAUUGCUAAUUACGGAGGCUGUAUUAAUGUGACAGAGCGGAGCGGUGGAGAGGACAUGAGAGGGGGGCGAGGAGAGGAGACUAUUAUAGUGUGUUCUAAUAGAGUGUAAUGUGGGGUCAGCCACAGCAGCUCACUGUUCUACACCUGCAGGGACGAUGAUGGGCUCAGCUCAGCUCGAACCUCUUUAAUACAGCAUUCACUUAAUACAACCAGUUCACAGCCUUAAUAUAAUGCCUGGAGGAUUAUACCUGAUAGCUAUAUUUAUGUAGAAUCACUGGGUAUAGGUUAAUAGUUUGUUUGUUUGUUUGUGUGUGUGUGUGCAUUCGUGCGUGCGUGCGUGUACUCUCCCCUCAGGUCCAGCUCUCUCUGUACACGUACCUGUCUGCAGAGUUUAUCGGCACGGCAACCAUCUACACCACCAUCCGUCGUAUUGGGACAGUCCUGCAGCUGAUGCACAGUCUGAAGUACUACUACUGGACCUGCAACCCUGAGGCCAGCAGUGGCAUUACACCUAAAGGACUGGGUAAACACACACACACACACACACACACUCACACAUCCCAGGUCCAGAGAUGACAGGUAUCUUCUCUCUGUGUAGUAACAGGCUGCCAUGAGGCAGCUGUCUGCUGUGUUGGAAGUCAAAGUCCCCCUGAACUGUCAUGUCAUCUUCCUCUCUCAGGUUUCCUCUCUGAAACUAUUCAGAAGGCUCAGAGGGCCAGGUUCUGAUACAGGCCUAUAUGGUUGGAAGCAGUACUGUAUAUAUCCUACUAGUCAAGUUAGAACAGUGCUGAUAAACCAGGUCUAUCUCUCAAAUGGCAUCCUAUAGCGCUCCGGGCAAAAGUAGUGUACUAUGUAAGGAAUAGGGUGCCAUUUGGACGUAACCACAAGAGAGAAGUGCAGUGUAUUCCACAGAGGAAGUAGAUGUGUAUUAACUGUGUAAUGAAUAGUUGAUGCAAUAGCUUAGCCUCUAUUGACAGAGUUCACAUGGUUAAUGAUUUCCCAUGAAGCCCAGAAACCAGAAAACACCAUGACCGUUAAUCAGCAGUAGGCUGGAGAAUGUUGCCAGAGCUACAAACCAGUUCUAUAUGAAAUAUUGAGCAGAGCUACAGUGCAUAUCUAUGUGAAGUAGGAUACUGAGUGUGUUUGUCUGUGGUAGGGAGAGUUAUAUAUAGACAGCGCUGGAACGUUCUGCUGCGUUUCUACUCUGAUCUGGGGAAGGGUUUGGACAUUCUGGGCAGUUUAGUUUUUCCGCUUUUACUGAUGUUGGUGAAUAAUAGAUAUUGUGUUAUAGAUUGCUUGUUUUGGGUGUUCUUACUAACAUCAUGGCCUGUUUUGCUUUAGUAUGUGUUGCAAAAACAGUGAGACAAACAAUACUAGUAUAUAAGAUAUUUGGUGAAGUUAGUAGCCAUGUUCUGUUUGUUGGAGUUAGUAGCCAUGUUCUGUUUGUUGAAGUUAGUAGCCAUGUUGUUUCUCUUCAGUCAGGGUUGUUCAGCUAGACAAUGAAACACAGCAGAAAACACAGCUACUCUCUCCUAGUAGAGACACCUGUUGGGGGGUUUGUGUGUAGAAUAUAAUCCAGAUUUGUGAAACAACUGUCUGUUAUGUAACAAACAGACUAUCUUUCUAGUUUCUAGUUAAUCUUCCUGGUAAUGUGUUCCUUAAAUUAACUGUCACGUUGUAUAAUGAUUUGAAGACAGGCACAGGAAUAUGUAUUAGGGGUUUUAUUUAUUCCACCCAACACAAACACGUGUAUAUACACUAUCGGUCAAAAGUUUUAGAGCACCUACUCAUUCAAGAGUUUUUCUUUAUUUUUACUAUUUUCUACAUUGUAGAAUUAUAGUGAAGACAUCGAAACUAUGAAAUAACACAUAUGGAAUCAUGUAGUAACCAAAAAAGUGUUAAACAAAUCAAAAUAUAUUUUAUAUUUGAGAUUCUUCAAAUAGCCACCCUUUGCCUUGAUGACAGCUUUGCACACUCUUGGCAUUCUCUCAACCAGCUUCAACUGGAAUGCUUUUCCAACAGUCUUGAUGGAGUUCCCACAUAUGCUGAGCACUUGUUGGCUGCUUUUCCUUCACUCUGCGGUCCGACUCAUCCCAAACCAUCUCAAUUUGGUUGAGUUCGGGGGAUUGUGGAGGCCAGGUCAUCUGAUGCAGCACUCCAUAACUCCUUUUUGUUAUAAUAGCCCUUACACAGCCUGGAGGUGUGUUGGGUCAUUGUCCUGUUGAAAAACAAAUGAUAGUCCCAGUAAGCCCAAACCAGAUGGGAUGGUGUAUCGAUGCAGAAUGCUGUGGUAGCCAUGCUGGUUAAGUGUGCCUUGAAUUCUAAAUAAAUCACAUACAGUGUCACCAGCAAAGCACCCCACACCAUAACACCUCCUCCUCCAUGCUUUACGGUGGGAAAUACACAUGCGGAGAUCAUCCGUUCACCCACACCGCGUCUCACAAAGACACGGCGGUUUGAACCAAAAAUAUCAAAUUUGGACUCCAGACCAAAGGACACAUUUCCACCGGUCUAAUGUCCAUUGCUUGUGUUUCUUGGCCCAAGCAAGUCUCUUCUUCUUAUUGGUGUCCUUUAGUAGUGGUUUCUUUGCAGCAAUACGACCAUGAAGGCCUGAUUCACACAGUCUAAUUUAUUUGGGCUGCAAUUUCUGAGGUGCAAUUACUCUAAUGAACUUAUCCUCUGCAGCGGAGAUAACUCUGGGUCUUCCUUUCCUGUGGUGGUCCUCAUGAGAGCCAGUUUCAUCAUAGCGCUUGAUGGUUUUUGCGACUGCACUUGAAGAAACUUUCAAAGUUCUUGAAAUGUUCCGUAUUGACUGACCUUCAUGUCUUAAAGUAAUGAUGGACUGUCGUUUCUCUUUGCUUAUUUGAGCUGUUCUUGACAUAAUAUGAACUUGGUAUUUUACCAAAUAGGGCUAUCUUCUGUAUACCCACCCUACCUUGUCACAACACAAGUGAUUGGCUCAAACACAUUAAGAAGGAAUGAAAUUCCACAAAUUAACUUUUAAGAAGGCAUACCUGUUAAUUGAAAUGCAUUCCAGUUGACUACCUCAUGAAGCUGGUUGAAAGAAUGGCAAGUGUGCAAAGGUGUCAUCAAGGCAAAAGGUGGCUAUUUGAAGAAUCUCAAAUAUAAAAUAUAUUUUGAUUUGUUUUAACACCUUUUUGGCUACUACAUGAUUCCAUAUGUGUUAUUUCAUAGUUUUGAUGUCUUAACUAUUAUUCUACAAUGUAGAAAAUAGUAAAAAUAAAGAAAAACCCUUGAAUAAUAAUAUGCCAUUUAGCAGACUCUUUUAUCCAAAGCGUCUUACAGUCAUGUGGGCAUACAUUUUUAUGUAUGGGUGGUCCCGGGGAUCGAACCCACUACCCUGGCGUUACAAGUGCCAUGCUCUACCAAUUGAGCUACAGAGGACCAGUAGGUGUUCUAAAACUUUUGACCGGUAGUGUAUAUACAAAAGAGAAAACAGGUGCCUCACUGCGGUGGCGGUCGACGCACGGCCCGCUGGAGACGAGUGUGCGCAGCGUUCCAGAUCUCCUCAGCGCGCCGAAACCACUCGUCCACCUCAGGGGCCUCGGUCUGGCUCGGAUGCCAAGGUGCAAGGGCCGGCUGAUACCCCAACACGCACUGGAAAGGAGUGAUGUUAGUGGAGGAGUGGCGGAGGGAAUUCUACUCGUACUCAGCACAAGGUAGAAAAUCCACCCACUCCACCGGCCGAUCCUGACAGUAACACCACGGGAACCUGCCCACUUCCUGAUUGACCCUCUCCACCUGCCCAUUAGCCUGAGGACGAUACCCGUAGGUGAGACUGACCGUGAUACCCAGGCGUUCCAUGAACGCUUUCCAUACGCGUGAGGUGAACUGAGGACCACGGUCUGACACAAUGUCCUCCGGGAUCCCGUAGUGCCGGAAGACGUGCGUAAAAAGAGCCUCCGCAGUUUGCAGAGCCUCCGCAGUUUGCAUGGCCGAUGGCCAGUUUGCAUGGAGGCGACAAGCUUUGGAAAACCGGUCCACAACAACGAGAACGGCGGUGUUCCCCUGGGAGGGGGGAAGGUCAGUGACAAAGUCCAACGAGAGGUGAGAACAGGGUUGUUGUGGAGCCGGCAGGGGGAGGAGCUUUCCAUAAGGGAGGAGUCUGGGUGUCUUAGACUGGGCACAGAUGGAGCAGGAAGAGACGUAAACCCUGACGUCCCUAGCCAAGGUGGGCCACCAGUACUUCUCAGUCAGGCAGGCGAUGGUACGGCCUAUCCCAGGAUGACCCGACUAAGGCGGCGUGUGCGCCCAGGAAAGGAGGCGGUCUCGCACACCCGUGGACACGUAGGCACGGUUCUCCGGGCACUGUGCAGGUGCCGGUUCCGUACGCAGGGCCUGCCAUAUGUCGGCGUCCACGUCCCACACCAGUCCAGGGCCCGUCCGGUCAGUGCCGAGAUGACUGUGGCAAUCCUGUCUCUCCCGGAGACAGCCUCGGCGUAGCGACCGAGGUACAGGUUGCAUUGCAGAAGGAAAUCCCUUGCAUCUCGCUGGAGUGCCGUCAGAGCGCUCCGGGAGGGACAGGGGUAUUCCGCUGACCGGCUCAGAUGGAACAGAGGCCGGUAGUGGUGGUGUGGGGGCUGGUGCCGGAACCAGUGCUGGAGACUGGAGGGACUGCACUUUCCCCUCCAACCGCAGGAUGGUUGCCAGCACGCUGUCCAUGGCGCUGCCGAGUCUGGAGAGACAGUCCUCGUGAUGCUGGACUAUCUCUACAAUGGUCGCCAGCUCUUCCCGCUGUCUCCAUUUUUAUGGGUUGAUUAUUCUGUCACGUUGUAUAAUGAUUUGAAGACAGGCGCAGGAAUACGUAUUAGGGGUUUAUUUACUCCACCCAACACAAACACGUAUAUACAGUGGGGAGAACAAGUAUUUGAUACACUGCCGAUUUUUCAGGUUUUCCUACUUACAAAGCAUGUAGAGGUCUGUAAUUUUUAUCAUAGGUACACUUCAACUGUGAGAGACGGAAUCUAAAACAAAAAUCCAGAAAAUCACAUUGUAUGAUUUUUAAGUAAUUAAUUUGCAUUUUAUUGCAUGACAUAAGUAUUUGAUACAUCCGAAAAGCAGAGCUUAAUAUUUGGUACAGAAACCUUUGUUUGCAAUUACAGAGAUCAUAUGUUUCCUGUAGGUCUUGACCAGGUUUGCACACACUGCAGCAGGGAUUUUGGCCCACUCCUCCAUACAGACCUUCUCCAGAUCCUUCAGGUUUCGGGGCUGUCGCUGGGCAAUACGGACUUUCAGCUCCCUCCAAAGAUUUUCUAUUGGUUUCAGGUCUGGAGACUGGCUAGGCCACUCCAGGACCUUAAAAUGCUUCUUACGGAGCCACUCCUUAGUUGCCCUGGCUGUGUGUUUCGGGUCGUUGUCAUGCUGGAAGACCCAGCCACGACCCAUCUUCAAUGCUCUUACUGAGGGAAGGAGGUUGUUGGCCAAGAUCUCGCGAUACAUGGUCCCAUCCAUCCUCCCCUCAAUACGGUGCAGUCGUCCUGUCCCCUUUGCAGAAAAGCAUCCCCAAAGAAUGAUGUUUCCACCUCCAUGCUUCACGGUUGGGAUGGUGUUCUUGGAGUUGUACACAUCCUUCUUCUUCCUCCAAACACGGCGAGUGGAGUUUAGUUUAGUUUUUUGUCUCAUCAGACCACAUUACCUUCUCCCAUUCCUCCUCUGGAUCAUCCAGAUGGUCAUUGGCAAACUUCAGACGGGCCUGGACAUGCCCUGGCUUGAGCAGGGGGACCUUGCGUGCGCUGCAGGAUUUGAAUCCAUGACGGCGUAGUGUGUUACUAAUUGUUUUCUUUGAGACUCUGGUCCCAGCUCUCUUCAGGUCAUUGACCAGGUCCUGCCGUGUAGUUCUGGGCUGAUCCCUCACCUUCCUCAUGAUCAUUGAUGCCCGACGAGGUGAGAUCUUGCAUGGAGCCCCAGACCGAAGGUGAUUGACCGUCAUCUUGAACUUCUUCCAUUUUCUAAUAAUUGCGGCAACAGUUGUUGCCUUCUCACCAAGCUGCUUGCCUAUUGUCCUGUAGCCCAUCCCAGCCUUGUGCAGGUCUACAAUUUUAUCCCUGAUGUCCUUACACAGCUCUCUGGUCUUGGCCAUUGUGGAGAGGUUGGCGUCUGUUUGAUUGAGUGUGUGGACAGGUGUCUUUUAGACAGGUAACGAGUUCAAACAGGUGCAGUUAAUACAGGUAAUGAGUGGAGAACAGGAGGGCUUCUUAAAGAAAAACUAACAGAUCUGUGAGAGCCGGAAUUCUUACUUGUUGGUAGGUGAUCAAAUACUUAUGUCAUGCAAUAAAAUGCAAAUUAAUUACUUAAAAAUCAUAUAAUGUGAUUUUCUGGAUUUUUGUUUUAGAUUCCGUCUCUCACAGUUGAAGUGUACCUAUGAUAAAAAUUACAGACCUCUACAUGCUUUGUAAGUAGGAAAACCUGCAAAAUCGGCAGUGUAUCAAAUACUUGUUCUCCCCACUGUAUAUACAAAAGGGAUGUAACCAAACAAAGAGCGAGGUGUAACCUCUACACAAUACACAGGACGAGACCCGUAAACAACAAGAGCACUAUACACAGUACUCACGAGACCAAUGGACAUGGGACAAGACAGUCCGGGGUUGGUGGUAAUGAUCCAUGUCAGUGACGCCUAGAAAGCCGGUGAUGUAGACCUCCGGAACUGGUGAACGGAAUGAGCAGCAGUACUGGGGGGAUCCAUGACAUUAACAGAAGUGUAAGUCUGGACUCUGUUCAAAAGUAGUACACUACAAAGGGAAUAGGGUGCCAAUUGGGAUGCAGACAAUAUUUUGCUGAUUGUUCUGGAAUCCCUGUGGGAGGAAUGAAAGAGAGGAACAGUAUAGUUGGUAAAAUAGUGAGGACAGUGUCCUCACCAGAACCUGGAGGUAAUUUUAUGAUCAUUCUAUUUCCAUUAGAUCUGGUUUUCCUUUGUCUCAGACCACUGUGGUGUUGACUCUAGAUAGGGAGAGAGAUAAAGGGAAAGGGAGAUAGGGAGAGAGCUAGUAGAUAAUCAAUUGUUCAAUUAUAAGAACAAAGAGAUGGUGGUUGGAACAGAGCUGCUGCUGCAGGGACACUCUGGCUUCAUCCCAAAUGGCACCCUAUUCCCUAUAUAGUGCACUACUUUUAACCAGGGCCCAUAGGUAAAAGUAGUGGACUAUGUAGGGAUUGUAGGGAAUAUAGUGCCAUUUGGGACGCAGCCACACUUUGUCUCUGGAGAUGUUGCUGCUGGUUUCUCUGGGCAUCUGUAAAUAGAGAGCCAUCAAAUUAAACCAAUGCAUCAACCUCUCACAGACAGCCACUGCAGUGCAGGCUUAAUUUCUCUCAUUCCCUAACAUGCGCUCGCACACACACAAUCUCUCUCAAUUCAAUUCAAUUCAAUUUAAGGGAUUUAUUGGCAUGGGAAACGUGUGUUAAAAUUGCCAAAGCAAGGGAAGUAGAUAGUAAACAAAAGUGAAAUAAACAAUAAAUAUUAACAGUAAACAUUACACUCAGAAGUUUCAAAAGAAUAAAGACAUUUCAAAUGUCAUAUUAUGUAUAUAUACAGUGUUGUAACAAUGUGCAAAUAGUUAAAGUACAAAUGGGAAAAUAAAUAAACAUAAAUAUGGGUUGUAUUUACAAUGGUGUUUGUUCUUCACUGGUUGCCCUUUUCUUGUGGCAACAGGUCACAAAUCUUGCAGCUGUGAUGGCACACUGUGGUUUUUCACCCAGUAGAUAAGGGAGUUUAUCAAAAUUGGGUUUGUUUUCGAAUUCUUUGUGGAUCGCUGUAAUCUGAGGGAAAUAUGUGUCUCUAAUAUGGUCAUACAUUUGGCAGGAGGUUAGGAAGUGCAGCUCAGUUUCCACCUCAUUUUGUGGGCAGUGUGCACAUAGCCUGUCUUCUCUUGAGAGCCAGGUCUGCCUACGGCGGCCUUUCUCAAUAGCAAGGCUAUGCUCACUGAGUCUGUACAUAGUCAAAGCUUUCCUUAAGUUUGGGUCAGUCUCUCUCUCUCUCUCUCUCUCUCUCUCUCUCUCUCUCUCUCUCUCUCUCUCUCUCUCUCUCUCACGCUCUCUUGCUCUGUCAGUCCAGAGUGCAGACAUGUCUCUCUCUACCUCCAGCUCUCCAGGUCUAGUUAAGGGGGUGUUGUUGUGCUGGACUGUUGUCUGGGUCUGUGCUGACUGGAGUGUGUUCACCUGCUGUUCCAGCUCCACCUGCCUUAGACACACAGUCUGUUGAUCCUGCUCCUCUUAUGUAGUCACAUCCUCUGAAGUCGAAUUUCUAAUUUCAGGUCUCCACGCUCCCAGCGUCUGGAACUGAUCCAUUUGGAUAAGAGCCAUAACAAUAUUGUCUACAUUCCAAAUGGCACCCUAUUCCCUACACAAUGCACUACUUUUUAACAGAGCCCUAUGAGGCACUAUAAGGAAUAGUGUGCCAUUUUGGACUCAGCUAAUAUUGUCUCAUCUUGCACAUGGCUGAGAACCUGUGUAUCCUCACAGUAAUAACAAUGAGUAUUGAUCAAUAUUAUCCAAAGCUAUUACUGCCUGCUUUAUCUGAACCAAGCCAAGGGUGAAAGUGAAAUGAGUUCAAUUUCCUAAGUCUCUAUAAUAGGAUGUGUGUAGGAUGCACACUCAUGAUUGCUAUGGAUUAAUUACCAGUCCAGUCACACUGACUCACUGUAGUGAGGAGGAGAAAGUGGAUUUCUGCAUUAAUAACACAAACAUAAAUAAUUUAUCAAUAAAGUGAACCUUAUCGUCCUCCUGCCCAAUACCCUCAGGGCAGGUGGACUGAACCAACCAAUGAGAGCCUGAGGAUCAACAGUCCAUGAAUGUAAUUGGUUGUGAUUAAGUUGGAUGCAGAAUGUGGAUGCAGCUGUGUUGUUAAUGAUACUGUUAUCUAGCGACUUGUUCUGUCCCUGUACUGUGUUCUCAGAUGGCUUUCUAUUAAUCAGUGUCACAAGGAGCUCAGGGAACCUGUGUUGAAGGGGUUCCAUUGAUUUCUGAGGGGAAACAGGACAGUCAGAUGUUGUGUUACAUUGUGUCUGACAGCAGAGGACUAUCCUCACUCUGGGAGACAUUGUCAUAUGUCUUGUGUGUAAAUUAAUAGCUCUGUGUUAUUGAUCUCUCUGUGGCAGCAACCUGUCCACGUACACUAUAUAUACAAAAGUAUGUGGACAACCCUUCAAAUGAGUGGAUUCGGCUAUUUCAGCCACAACCGUUGCUGACAGGUAUAUAAAAUCGAGCACACAGCCAUGCAAUCUCCAUAGCCAAUUAUUGGCAGCAGAAUGGCCUUACUGAAGAGCUCAGUGACUUUCAACGUGGCACCGUCAUAGGAUGCCACCUUUCUAACAAGUCAGCUUGUCAAAUUUCUGCUCUGCUAGAGCUGCCCCAGUCACCUGUAAGUGCUUAUUGUAAAGUGGAAACAUCUAGGAGCAAGGCUCACCUGCGCAAUGGUAGGCCAUACAAGCUCACAGAGCGGGACCGCCGAGUGCUGAAGCACGUAGCGCCUUAAAAUCGUCUGUCCUUGGUUGCAACAACACUCACUACCGACACAAGAACAGUUCGUCGGGAGCUUCAUAAAAUGGGUUUCCAUGGCCGAAGAUCACCAUGCGCAAUGCAAAGCGUCGGCUGGAGUGGUGUAAAGCUCGCCGCCAGUGGAAACGCAUUCUCUAGAGUGAUGAAUCACGCUUCACCAUCUGGCAGUCCGACGGACAAAUCUGGGUUUGGCGGAUGCCAGGAGAACGCUACCUGCCCCAAUGAAUAGUGCCAACUGUAAAGUUUGGUGGAGGAGGAAUAAUGGUCUGGGGCUGUUUUUCAUGGUUCGGGCUAUGCCCCUUAGUUCCAGUGAAGGGAAAUCUUAACGCUACAGCAUACAAUUACAUUCUAGACGAUUCUGUGCUUCCAACAGUUUGUGGAAAGGCCCUUUCCUGUUUCAGCAUGACAAUGUCCCCGUGCACAAAGCGAGGUCCGUACAGAAAUGGUUUGUUGAGAUCAGUGUGGAAGAACUUGACUGGCCUGCACAGAGCCCUGACCACAACCCCAUCGAACACCUUUGGGAUGAAUUGGAAUGCCAACAUAAGUGCCCGACCUCACUAAUGCUCUUGUGGCUGAAUGGAAGCAAGUUACCGCAGCAAUGUUCCAACAUCUAAUGGAAAGCCUUCCCAGAAGAGUGGAGGCUGUUAUAGCAGCAAAGGGGGGACCAACUCCAUACUAAUGCCCAUGAUUUUGGAAUGAGAUGUUCAAUGAGCAGGUGUCCACAUACUUUUGGUCAUGUACAGUAUUUACUGGACGCUCUCACAUACAAUAUGUCUUAAAACCACAGAGCAGAGUGAAGUUAAUGUUAAUAGAUGUUGUAUCAGAGCCUAGUGUUGGGCUGCAGCUGUAAUCAAUAACCAACCGUCUGUGUGCGUGCGUGCGAGCGAGCGUUAUUGAUCCCAGUGACUCAGUCUGUGUUUGUCCUCAGAUGGUCCAAGGCCCACCCAGCAGGAGAUCAUCUCUCUCAGGGCUUUCAUGUUGCUGUUCCUCAAACAACUCAUCCUCAAGGUACUGCACACACACAUACACACACACACACGUACCUCAACUCCAAAACAAAAACAGUUUGAUUAUUAUCUCCACCAGAGAAAGGCAUCAUGGGUAAUUGCUCUUGAACCAUAAUGUCCAAUCAGCAUGCAGGUUCAGGUCUGUCCGUGUUGUGUUCAAAUCAAUUGCUUAGCUUCAACAACAUGGCAGCAGGCUCCAUUUCUGCCACAACUACCACCCCCCAAUGGCCUAGGUCUGCAGCCCGUGGCCACUACAGAAUUUAAACAACGGUGGGAAAAUAAACAGGCUACUAAUAAAACAUAUCUACAAUUCUGAACAGCAUCAGCUACACACAGACACACACACACACACACACACGCACACACGCACACAUACAGCUCAAACAGCAAUUAACUUCCAAUCUGUUCCUGCAGAGAGUCUGGUUCCUCAUCAGAAGUGUUUGAACUUUACAUCACUGUAAAGUCUCGGAACAACAGGAGACUGGGGAACAAACACUGAACAUGCUGAAAACGUGUGUGUAAUUUCUUAGGACCGAGGCGUGAAGGAGGAUGAGCUGCAGAGUAUCCUGAACUACCUGCUAACCAUGCAUGAGGUGAGUUUCAAGUCCCCAUGGUCUUGUGCUGUAGUGGUAUAGGGUUGAGAGGUCUGUCCACAUUGAUGAUGCUCUACUGUAUGGUGCUAUAUCUCUUCGAGUCGGAGGAGAGAGGGGAAGAAAAGGCUCAAAACACCAAAAAAGGAAAAAACCCAAGGAGAAGAGAGCGCCGAGAAGCGCUAGAGCGACUCUCAUGCGAGAGGAGAGAGCGGCGAAGACCCCACUCAACCCGCCCCAUCCUCUCCCCACACCCCCUCCCGCACCCCCCCACUCUCUCUCCCUCUCUCACCCCCCUCUCUCUCUCUCUCCCCUCACACUCUCCCCCUCACUCUCUCCUCUCUCUCUCUCUCUCUCUCUCUCUCUCUCUCUCUCUCUCUCUAGGAUGAUAAUAUCCAUGAUGUUCUUCAGCUGGUAGUGGCUCUGAUGUCAGAACACCCAGCCUCCAUGAUUCCAGCCUUCGACCAGAGGAACGGCAUACGGUACACACACACACACACACACACAGCCCUUGGGGAACAAAGCCCCCUUGCUAUUGAUGCACAAAAUGCAUGUAAUAACAUCACAUCUCUAACAAUGAAGCUAGUGUUGUGAAUAUACAUGAUACCUGUUGAAUAAUUCACAUAUUCUGUAAGUAGAAAUCUACAUAGAAAUGUUAUGACGCUGAUGAUCAAACGUACUGUAUGCCCUGUGUGUUCUAUGAAAUAUACAUGUAUAUCAGCCACUGACUCCUGCAGAGUUCUCAGAAUCUUCACUGCAGGAAAUUGAAUGGCUCCGUUUUGAUCAGGAAACAAAUUUAGUCAUCACACUGACAAACAGACACUCAACGCAGACAGGGAGGUCUUUCCCUGCACACCCGACUAGUUCAGUCUGGUUUCAUUGUAUACGUCCCAGCACUCUAUUCCCUUUAUAGUGCGCUACUUAUGACCAGAGCCCAUAGGGGACACAAUCAUUAACUGGGCCAUAUUUAAAUGUGAUUCAUAUGUCUCCUGUCCUGUUCCAGGGUGAUGUACAAGCUGCUGGCCUCUAAGACUGAGAGCAUCAGAGUCCAGUCCCUCAAAGUCCUGGGAUACUUCCUCAAACACCUGGGACACAAGUUAGUUAUUUUCCCUCCCUCCCUCCCUCCCUCAAUGAAAGACUGUCCCCAAGAGAGGUCUGGAUCUAUGAAAUAUAUUAUCUUCUUCUCCUCUCGUCUCUUCUUCUCUUCUCCCCUCUUCUCUUCUCUUAAAAUAAGUAUUGUCUGAAGUGUAAAACUGUCGUCCAGGGACUUCUAACAGGGUUACUGUGUGUGUGUCUGUCCACAGAAGGAAGGUUGAGAUCAUGCACACACACAGUCUCUUCACUCUCCUGGGGGAGAGGCUGAUGCUUCACACUAAUACUGUGUCUGUGACCAUCUACAACACGCUGUACGAGGUACGUUCUUCUUUGUAACUUCUCUAUAACUACCCACACACAUACUUCUUCUUCAGGGAUCCCUCGUAGUUGAGUAUGAUUUCCCUCCAGGUGUCACUGCUCCGGGUUGCGUUGUGGGUCUGGCUGGCCAUGGGUCCUGAGAUGGCUGAACAGGCCAAUGCGUGACCUGCAGAUCUUGUGGCAGUGGGGUCAGAGAUGGUUAUAACCUCGUGCUAAUAACCUCAUAUAACCUCAUGAUAUCCACUCCACUGUCCUGUUUGAAGCAGAGACUACCGUGGUGCAUCCCAAAUGACACCCUAUUCCCUAUUUAGUGAUUGUCUGUGUUCUUCCCAUCAGAUCCUGACGGAGCAGGUGUGUACACAGGUCGUCCACAAACCCCACCCUGAACCAGACUCUACAAUCAAGAUACAGAACCCCAGUAAGUCUGUCUGCUGUCUUACUGAAUGUUAUUGUAGUCAAGUCAAACUUGAUUUAAAGUGCAGACUUAGCAAAGUCAUGUGUAUGUGUGUGUGUUCCAGUGAUCCUUAAGGUAGUAGCGACCCUGUUGAAGAGCUCGUCCCCCAGCGUUGAGCUGAUGGAGGUUCGACGUCUCUUCCUCUCAGACAUGAUCAAACUGUUCAGCAACAGCCGCGAAAACCGACGGUGAGGACAUGCACGCACGCACACACACACGCAUGCACACACACACACACACACACACACAGUCACUCUAUAAUUUACAGCUGUGUAAUGACUCUUCCCAGCAGUGACAGCACUGUUAGCAUCCUGUUGUCAGUAUCUUCAGGCGUCAAUGAUAAAUCAUUCAAGCGAUAUUGAUGGUAUAACUGAUGACUAUUAUGACCAAUAUACUCACUAUUAUUGUCUAACAGCUGACUAUAUAUCAAAGCAUCAGAUCAUUUAGCUAAUUAACAUAAUAUAAGUGAUCAAAAUGAAUUGUGACUGUUUCACUGAUAGAGUGGCUGGUGAUCAAGUCACAUUAGAACCGAGCAAUGAUCAGAGGGAGUACUUGAGAAUAUGAUGUUGGCCUAAAGCCCUACUUUAACUACUGACUAUGUAGCGAAGGUCUCUCAUGGUGUUUGCUCUAGUAAUGAGAACCUAAUAGUUGUAAUAGUAUAUAUUAUUCGCUGUAUGUGUUCUAGGUGUCUGUUGCAGUGUUCAGUAUGGCAGGACUGGAUGUUCAGUCUGGGCUAUAUCAACCCUAAAAACCCAGAGGAACAGAAGAUGAUGGAGAUGGUCUAUAACAUCUUCAGGAUCCUGCUCUACCAUGCCAUCAAGUAUGAGUGGGGAGGUUGGAGGGUCUGGGUGGAUACACUCUCCAUCGCUCACUCCAAGGUAAGACUCAGUGGCUGGCUGCGUCCCAAAUGGCACCCUAUUCCCUAUAUAGUGCACUACUUUUGAUUUAGUUAUUGAUCAUGUCUCUCCCUCUAUAUGGUAACUUAUACGAGGCACAUAUGGAGUACCUGGCUGAGAUGAGCUUGAUUAUUAGUUAUAGAUGAUUAAUUAUAGAUUAUUGAUUAUUGAUAAUGUCUGUCCUAUACUGUAGGUAACGUACGAGGCCCAUAAGGAGUACCUGGCUAAGAUGUAUGAGGACUACCAGCGUCAGGAGGAGGAGAACAUUAAGAAGGGGAGGAAGGGUCUGGUCAGCACCAUCUCAGGCCUGCAGGACCUCCAGGCCGGGGGCAUCCAGGGAAACAUGGAGAUCAGAGAGAUAGACGACCACUCCCAGACACAGACCCCGGAGAGCGAGGCCGACUACCCCGAGACCCCCGGCCACCCCCGGAACAUACUGUCGGAGGGGAAGACGAGGGAGGAGGGGGGGCUCGGGGGGACAGGGAGGACGGGGAGGACGGGGUCAGGGGUCAGAGUGGAGGUUCAUGACCUGUUGGUGGACAUCAAGGCUGAGAAGGUAUGGUAUCCGUCUGUUUUCAUAGUUUUUACAACUGAUUAAUUUAGCAGAUACUCUUAUCCAGAGCAACUUCCAGUCAGUGCAUUCAGGAAAAAAACACCACAUAUCACAGUUCUUGCAAGUAGACUCUUAAAAUCAAUGUCAGUCAGUCAGUUAAUCAAUCAAUCCAUCAAUCAGCUAAUCAAUCAAUCCCUCCCUCUCCCCAGGUGGAAGCGACGGAGGUGAAGCUGGAUGACCUGGACCUGUCUCCAGAGCCGCUGGGCAUGACAGUGGGUGUGGCUGGGGGUGUUGUCUCUGAGGACAGGGGCGGGGCAUUGGUCCAGGUGGACUCCCUAUUGGACAACGUGUACUGUGCUGCUGUAGAGAAGCUGAGCAGCAGUGCUGCCAGCGGAGUACUGGUCCCCAACGCAACCGUCGCUGUCGUCCCCGACAACCACAACACCGGUCCCCUCAUCACCCUCGCUGACGACGACAAGGACAAUCUCCCUAGCAACAGCAGCGUCCUGUUUGGCCAGGUUAGUUAAUCUUUCUUUUCUUCUGCUUGUGUUUUGGUAUGUGCAAGUUAACUAAACUGAACUGAACUCAACAGGAGGAGCCCCUGGUCCUGCCAAGUCCUGGUUCUAACCCAGAUCCAGACCCCGAGUCCCCAAUCCCACCAGGCCACAGCCAUAACCUGGGCCUGCUGGCCCACAUGACGGGCAGCUCUGAGCUGGGGACCGUCGGCACGGUCACUCCUGGUGGUCCGAUCAGCAGCAUCCUGGAGGAGGAGAGGUUUAAGCUCCAGACCACCCUGGGUGAUGUCACCUCCAUGCCCAGGGAAGAGGCCUGCUCUAAGGGGUCAGAGUUCACAGAGAAGGGGGCUGGAGCUAGGGCUGGAGGGUCUGGGGUGUCGGAGGGGGGCGAGCCUUUGGCUGGUGGGAAAGGUUGUGGGGCGGAUGCAGUCAGCACCACCUCAGACACAGAGAGGUCAGACGACGGAAAGGACAAGGAGGUUAAGAAGAUACAGACCACUACUACUACACAGGUUAGUCAAGUUACAAGACCUCCCUCCCUCCCUCUUGUCCUCUCUUCCUCAUCUCUCCCACUUCCCUUUCUCCCUCCUCUCUCCCCCCUGUUAGUGAGUCUGAUGCGAGGAAGGAUGAGAGGAGAGAGAGGAGAGAGGAGAGAGGAGGAGGAGGAGGAGGAGGAGGAGAGGGAAGGAGGAGGAGAGAGUAGGAGGAGGAGGAGGAGUGGGGGAGGAGAGAGUAGGAGGAGGAGGGGGGGAGAGGGGAGGAGGAGGGGGGAGAGGGAAGGAGGAGGAGGAGGAGGAGGAGGAGAGUGAGGACUAAAGGACUAUUAAUAGUGUCUCUUCUUUACUGUUAUGUAAUGACUCAUUUUAAUUUAUACACUCUGCUUUAUACACUCUGUGAAUUACAGUGUUUUGUGUGUGUCUGUGUGUGUGUAUGUGUCUAAUGUGUGUGUGUCAGUCCCUCCAUGGUCGUACAGCAGCCCAGUUAGAGCGUGACCUGCGUGUGGACCUGGGCUUCAGAGGGAUGCCCAUGACCGAGGAGCAGCGUCGCCAGUUCAGCCCUGGCCCUCGCACCACCAUGUUCCGCAUCCCAGAGUUCAAAUGGUCGCCCAUGCACCAGCGCCUCCUCACCGACCUGUUGUUGGCCCUGGAGACAGACGUCCACAUCUGGAGGAGGUGAGGGGACAGAGACACUGAGAACAUGUCCCUAAUCACACCCUAGUCCCUAUGUAGUAAACUACUUUGUAUAUAAGCCCAUUGGCCCUCUGUAGUGCACUAUUUUUGACCACUUAGGGCUUCCACAUGGGACAUGCAGACGCUCUUAUCCACAGCAACUUACAACUUUCCAACUAGCCUUACUGUGGAUGAUUAUUCACCAUGACCUGACGUAAGACCUGACCUAUGCUUAACAUUGUGUGACAUGCUACUGCAUCCUGAUCAAAUGAACUUUAAUCCAGUUCUCUCCCUCUCUCCCUCUCUCCCUCCCUGCAGCCAUUCAACCAAAUCCGUCAUGGACUUUGUCAACAGCAAUGAGAACAUCAUCUUUGUCCACAACACCAUCCACCUCCUCUCUCAGAUGGUAGACAACAUCAUCAUCGCCUGUGGAGGGAUCCUUCCUCUGCUCUCCGCUGCCACCUCUCCUUCUGUAAGUCUGUCAGUCAGUCUUUCUACUACCUCUCCUUCUGUAAGUCUGUCAGUCAGUCUUUCUACUACCUCUCCUUCUGUAAGUCUGUCAGUCAGUCUUUCUACUACCUCUCCUUCUGUAAGUCUGUCAGUCAGCCUCUCAGCCUCUCUGCCACCUCUCCUUCGGUAAGUCAUUCAGCCUCUCUAUGGUGCCACACUACCAUCUAGUGGUGGCUAGUAAGAACUGCAUGUUUAGGUCUAAAUUAAUGAUCGGCCUCUAGGAAAUAGGACUAGUUGAUUGUCUUUAUCGAUUGUUUCCGUUUUCAUUUGCUCAGCUUCAUUCUGCUAUAUAUUCAGCUAAUGAGGAUUUUACUUUGUCAGCAUUGUUUAUGUUGGUGAUGGUUUCCUCUGUGUGUUUUGUUUAUGUGUGUUAAGGAUAAUAUGUGCUUUACCUGCUGAUUGUAUCUGUUGAUUUGAAUCAUCUGUUAUUGUUUUUUCUUCUGUUUGUUUGUGUGCAUGGCCAGAGUACCCAGGUUAGUGCAUAUGCUGUAAGUUAUAUUUUCUUUCCAAACAUUUAUUCUCUCAGGUACAAUGGAACAAUAUUUAGUAUUUCUGUUUCUUGAGUGUAUAUGACUGUCUCCUCUUCACCCUCCACCCCAUCCCCUGUCCCCUCUUCACCCUCCACCCCCUCCCCUGUCCCCUCUUCCCCCUCCUCCCCAUCCCCUGUCCCCUCUUCACCCUCCUCCCCUGUCCCCUGAACCCCUGCGUUGUGAGCAGGCUGAGUUGGAGAACAUCGAGGCGACCCAGGGCAUGUCUUCAGAGACAGCUGUGUCCUUCCUGUCCCGUCUCAUGGCCAUGGUGGACGUUCUGGUGUUCGCCAGCUCACUCAACUUCUCUGAGAUAGAGGCUGAGAAGAACAUGUCCUCUGGAGGCCUGAUGAGACAGUGUCUUCGACUGGGUAAGAGUGUGCGUGUGUGCGUGCAUGCGUGCGCAUGUUUGUGUGUGUGUGUGUGUGCGCGUGCGCUUGUCACAGACAUUAACUGUCAUAUUAGAUGAUUAAUGAGAUCAGUAAAUGCCGUGGCAAAAUCAUUUCAUGAUCAUUUCAGUAAUUCCAGUAUUCCAUUCAGUUCCUUGAUGUGGUCAACCUAGCUAAUUCAUUUUCUAAAUGCACUGCUAUUAGAUAGUAAAUGUGCUUUGGUAAAGGCCAGACUUUUGAAGCUAGUUCUGAAGUAACUCAGAACAAGUCCAUACAUACACAAACACACACAAACACACACAGACACACAUAUACAAACACACACACACAGCAUAUGUUUUACUAUCCCUUUGGGGACCUAACAUUUAUUUCCAUUCAAAAUCCUAUUUUCCCUAACCCUAAACCUAACCUUAACCCUAACCCUAUCCUUAACCCCUAACCCUAACUCCUAAACCUAACCCCUAACCCUGAUUCUAACCCUAAUUGUAACCCUAACCCUAAACCUAACCCCUAAGCCUAAAAUAGGCUUUGUCCACGAGGGAGAAUUUUCCACACACACUCUCUCUCUCUCUCUCUCUCUCUCUCUCUCUCUCUCUCUCUCUCUCUCUCUCUCUCUCUCUCUCUCUCUCGCUCUCUCUCUCUCUCUCUCUCUCUCUCUAGGAUGAUAAUAUCCAUUAUCAUCAUCUGUACUGUGAAAUUUGUCUGGCUGUUGAUUUCACCAUGACUCUGGCCUGGCAGCUUGGAACAAACAGUGAUCAUAUCAUUAAUGCGUUUCAAGAUGCAGCUUCUGAUACCUUGUCUGUCUGUCUGUCUGUUUGUCUGUCUUUCCUCCCAGUGUGUUGUGUAGCAGUGAGGAACUGUCUGGAUGUUAGACAGAGACAGAGGGACAGAGGGACCAACAGUAAGAGCCAGGACAACCUCUAUGGUGCAGCAUCUGCCAACAAGGUAUGUCCUCACCUAACCUCAUCAUUUAAAAAAACAUAUAAAGUUGGUAAUAAUAGUACAGUUGAUGGGUGGCUGUGACACAGGACAUAUAGGAACUAUAAGUGGGGGGUGUGUGGGAGAUCAUUAAGUGUGACACGCAAUGUAAUAUGGAUGAUACGCUAGCGGCUAAGUAAACAGAUUGUUACACUGCCACUAAGAUGUCAGACUCUCUUAGUCUCCUCACUUUAGAUCUCCUACACCAGAAAAUGUCUCAGUAACCUUUCUCGCAUUCAGGACCCUGACAGACUUCUACAGGACGUCGACAUCAACCGUCUGAGAGCUGUCGUAUUCCGGGAUGUGGUGAGUAUGACUGUGUGUGUGCUGGUGCGUGUGUAACAUGUUUGUGUGCGUGUGAUUGUGUAACAUUCAUAUGUGUCCCCUCCAGGAUGACAGUAAGCAGGCCCAGUUCUUGGCCCUAGCGGUGGUAUACUUCAUCUCUGUCCUCAUGGUGUCAAAGUACCGGGACAUCCUGGAACCCCAGAGAGAGACCAACAGGUUGAUCAGCCAAUCAGCAUGCAGCAAUCGCCACGAGAUCAACUCACCUACCAGCUCAGGUGCUUGCUUUUGUUAUCCAACUCCCUCCCCUAAUCCCGCCUCUAACCCCUCCCAUAACCCAUCCUCUCAGCUCUAUGAUUAAUUCAUGUGAUCCACUAAUUGCACUGUGCAGAAUUAAACAUGGAAACAGGAAUGGAAGUGGAGAGGGGAAGUGGGAGAGGGGAAGGGAGGGGAAGUGGGGGAGGAGUGGGGGAAGUGGGGGAGGGGAGGGGAAGGUGGGUGUAUGAAAGUUGUACAAGCAGCCCUGGUCUCUGUGGUAUGAAAAGUAACAUACCACUGGGCACACACUGAGAGAGAGCAAGCGAGACAUGGAGAGAUAGAUUGAGAGAGAGCGUAAAAGAAACAGAGAGAUGCUGAGGGUUUGGGGCGUUGUGAAGCUAGUUCUAUUUCCAGAAGUCUGUCGUUGACCAUUAGCCAGUCAAUCAGCCAGGAGGAUGGGAUCAGAGAGGCUACUGGGAAGGACACUUCACCGUCCUCAUAAAUAAUAUCACCAGGAAGAGAGUUUCCAGCCAACAGGCACGUGGCAGAUGUCUGUCUGUCUGGGAUGGAAGUUAGAAGAGGCUAAACGAGGAAGUUAGAUGGAGAGAGAAUGGGCUUGUUCGACGUCGACUGCAUUGCAGUCAGCAACUCCCGACUGGCUGAUCUACGAAUCACCUUGCAUCUUAAAUGACUACUCAUUAUUUUUUGUAGAUCAGUCAAUCACCAUUAACCCACAAUGCAUCACAUAUUUGAUGCUCUGGAACACGGCCAAUGUGUGUGAGCCCACCCAGUGUCCUUGUAUCCUGACUGUGUGUUUGUGUGUGUGUUCCAGAGACCCCCCUGGCGUACCCUGACCACAGUAAGGAGCCCCCCACCCCUGUAGAGGAGCUCCAUAUACAGAGAGGCUCUCUGCCGCACACUGACUCUGGCAUUGGAGAGGAACAGGUUGCUCAUCUAGAUACUAAACUGUGUUCUCUUUUUUCGCUCUAUUGGAUUGGAUUGUAGUUGUAUUAUAAUGUGUGUUCGUGCAUAAACCCAGGAAGAGUACAGGUACAAGAGUACAUAACUAAACGAACCCCCCCCCCCCCCAGGUGGCCAGUGUGUUAAACGGAGCAGACCUGAACCCUUCAGGACCCGUGCGAGCUGACGCCAUGUCCUCCCUGCUCGGCAGCCUCUCCUCUGGGGAGAAGCAUAGCCAAGAGUCCCUCUUGGAGCCACCUGGCCUGGAGGUCCUAAGGACCGCCUCCUCCAUCUCCUCCAUCAGCCAUUCAAACAUCAACGUCCGAGAGAUCCUGAAGAGCCUAGUGGCUGGGCCUGUAGAGAUGGCGGAGCCUAGACCAGAGCCCCUCCCCUACCCCGAUCCUGCUGUACAGAGAGAGACCCAUCACCCCAUGCUGCCCAUGCAGUUCCACUCCUUUGACAGGUACACGCACACACAACCAUGCAGUUCCACUCUUUGAUGUCUUAAACAUGUUUGACAACUUGAGCUCCACAGGAACCUAUUGUGUUAGGGGUACAGGUAGCCUAGUGGUAGAACGUUGGGCCAGUAACGGAAAGGUCGCUGGUUCGAAUACCCGAGCCGACAAGGUGAAAAAUCUGUCGAUGUGCCCUUGAGCAAGGCACUUACAGUGAGGGAAAAAAGUAGGCUUGAUCCCCUGCUGAUUUUGUAUGUUUGCCCACUGACAAAUAAAUGAUUAGUCUAUAAUUUUAAUGGUAGGUUUAUUUGAACAGUGAGAGACAGAAUAACAACAAAAAAAUCCAGAAAAACGCAUGUCAAAAAUGUUAUAAAUUGAUUUGCAUUUUAAUGAGGGAAAUAAGUAUUUGACCCCCUCUCAAUCAGAAAGAUUUCUGGCUCCCAGGUGUCUUUUAUACAGGUAACGAGCUGAGAUUAGGAGCAAACUCUUAAAGGGAGUGCUCCUAAUCUCACCUUGUUACCUUUAUAAAAGACACCUGUCCACAGAAGCAAUCAAUCAAUCAGAUUCCAAACUCUCCACCAUGGCCAAGAUCAGAGAGCUCUCCAAGGAUGUCAGGGACAAGAUUGUAGACCUACACAAGGCUGGAAUGGGCUACAAGACCAUCGCCAAGCAGCUUGGUGAGAAGGUGACAACAGUUGGUGCGAUUAUUCGCAAAUGGAAAAAACACAAAAUAAUUGUCAAUCUCCCUCGGCCUGGGGCUCCAUGCAAGAUCUCACCUCGUGGAGUUGCGAUGAUCAUGAGAACGGUGAGGAAUCAGCCCAGAACUACACGGGAGGAUCUUGUCAAUGAUCUCAAGGCAGCUGGGACCAUAGUCACCAAGAAAACAAUUGGUUUACACACUACACCGUGAAGGACUGAAAUCCUGCAGCGCCCGCAAGGUCCCCCUGCUCAAGAAAGCACGUAUACAUGCCCGUCUGAAGUUUGCCAAUGAACAUCUGAAUGAUUCAGAGGAGAACUGGGUGAAAGUGUUGUGGUCAGAUGAGACCAAAAUCGAGCUCUUUGGCAUCAACUCAACUCGCCGUGUUUGGAGGAGGAGGAAUGCUGCCUAUGACCCCAAGAAACUGGUGUAUGUGACAAUAAAACAUAUAUUUUUUUGUGUUGAUGACCAGUAUAUAUGCUUCAAGACAGAACUAUAAUGUGUCAUUAGUCAAGCAUGCUCAACACGCCGCAGUUUAUCUACCAGGUCUGUUUAGUUGUCAGGAGCAACGUUCAUGGUUUUACAGUAGCAAGCUAAACAUCACUCACGUUAGACAUCCCGAGUGGCGCAGUGGUCUAAGGCACUGCAUCGCAGUGCUAGCUGUGCCACUAGAGAUCCUGGUUCGAAUCCAGGCUCUGACGUAGCCGGCCGCGACCGGGAGACCCAUGGGGCGGUGCACAAUUGGCCCAGCGUCGUCCAGGGUAGGGGAGGGAAUGGCCGGCAGGGAUGUAGCUCAGUUGGUAGAGCAUGGCGUUUGCAACGCCAGGGUUGUGGGUUCGUUUCCCACGGGGGGCCAGUAUGGGGGGGGAAAAAAAAAUAUAAUAAUAAUAAUGUAAGUCGCUCUGGAUAAGAGCGUCUGCUAAAUGACUAAAAUGUAAAUGUAAUGUUCGCUAAGCCCCCAUGUGUGUUUGUGUGUGUGUGUUUGGAAAGGUCUUGUGUGUUGUGUGUUUACGUUCCUGCAGUAGAUAAGAACCCAGUAAUCUGUGUGCUGUCCCUGUGGUAACCUGUUGCUGACAGGAUUUCAAGGUUCACAUCCCAGAAUCCUUAUCUUUCUGUCUGGUGAACGUUCUGGACCAACAAACCCCUGAACCAUGUCAAGAGUGUGGCUGUCGGAAGGGCCUGUUUGGUGUGUGUGAGUGUGUCACUUGUGAUGAAGGUAAAAAUGGAGGACAGAAGCAAUAAGGAGAUGGAGAGGGAGGAAAGGUAGAGAGGGAGGAGAGAUGGAGGAGGAGAUGAAGGAUCAGAUGAAGGACUGCAGAGGUCCCCUGGGCCCUGAUGACUGAUUAAACAGAAGCAGCUUCCCAUCUAACCCCUCCCUCCUCCCUCCCUCCCUCCUCACCUCUCACAGCACUAAUAUGCCCUGGCAGGCUGAAAUGAGUUGCCAGAGCUCUCUGUAUUAUUUUUGAAACGCUUUCACACACAGUGUCCAGGUCACACAUACGACUCCUUCAUGCUUUAAUGUCAUCCAGCCUCAAUUUGCUGUCUAAUUAUUCUCCACCUGCCAGCAGAAUGAGCUGCUAGGCUGACUAGGCCUCAGGACGGCUGGGCUGUCAGGCCUGAGGCUGAUAGGGACUGACAACAUCAAAACAGAGCACAAAGAAAAGGCUCAGAGCGUUGAGAGGAGGGCUGAGUCCCCUGGCCUCUCUGGUGAUAGUCUCUCUGAGGUGGAGUUUUCAAUUAGAGACUUCAAUACCCAGGACUGGAUGGCCAGAUGGGACCAUAGCACGACUGAUCUGAAUACACCUUUCUUUCUUUCUUUCUUUCUUUCUUUCUUUCUUUCUUUCUUUCUUUCUUUCUUUCUUUCUUUCUUUCUUUCUUUCUCUCUCUCUCUCUCUCCCUCUCUCUCUGUGUCUCUGUCUCUCUCCCUCUCUCUCUCUCUCUCUCUCUGUAGUACAGCUCUCUGACAGUAACAGUAACACUGGGAUGUUGUCUAGCUCUGUAUUUGUGAUUACAUUUAUAAUGAAGAACUGAUUUAAUCCGUUUGGUUUUAAUUGAACUGACUAUGUUAGGAAGUUUAAUAUUUUUAAUCUAUUUCCACAGUAUAUCUAUAUGAUUGAGGAUGUGUGUGCGUAUAUAAAUGUGUGUAUGUUCUUACAGGAUGCGUUCUGUGGUUCUCUUUCCUCUACAGUCAUCUCCUGUUCAUUAAUAUUCCUCACUAGAUGAAUCCUCAAUUUAUUCACAGCAGCCCCUACUAAACACACCCCUAUUAAUAAAUGAUGCCUUAGAUAAUCUUUGCAGCAUUCAUGAGCGCGCGGAUAAUCAAUUAUUUAUAAUAAAGGUUCAUAUUUGAUCAACAUCUAGUAUCAGACUGUAACCAUGUCACACAGGGAUAGCUGCACACAUCCUUAUCUUAGCUUUUCCCCUUUUUAUUUUAAAGUCCAUCUAGGGACAAAUGUUGGGAAUUAGUGCUAAUCUGAAGUGUGAUGGAACAAUGCAUGUGAUUGUUUUUAUUGUUUGUGUUCCUAUUCCAAUAAAUUAUUAGAUAAAUUACUCAAUAUGAACCAGGAAUACCUUUAGAAAAUAUAUUACAUAUAUAGCUGGUUUUCUCAGUGAUGUGCUGCUGUCAAUGAGAUCUCUAGUCUAAACCAAAGCAGCAGUACACAGAUGUAUUGAAUAAAUGAUGCUGUCGCCAUCAGUACCAUCAGCAGAUGCAUAUCUCAGACAUUGUAAUAUGCAGCAUACUGACAUGGCCCUGUGUGUGUGUGUGUGUGCGUGCGUGCGUGUGUGUGUGUGUGCGUGUGCGUGUGUGUGUGUGUCAUGCUGCUCAUCAGAAGUGAGUAAAUAACUGCAGUAUAUCCCAGUGGUCUGAAUGUAUGCUCUGUGCUCUCCAAGUGGACCAUGGGAAGGUCACAAGUUUAGUCGUCUAAAGACCCUGCUCUGUCCCAAAUGACUCCCUAUAUAGUGCACUACUUUUGACCAGGGCUCUUGUCAAACGUAGUGCACUAUAUAGAGAAUAGAGUGCCAUUUGGGAUGCACUACCUGCUGGCAGUAUUUACUGCCUUCCUCCCUCGUGAUGUGUUCUAGUGUCUAUAAAUAUAUAAGAGGAAACCAGAAGUGUCUUCACACAUAGAACAGUCUGUCUAUUUCCAUGUAUUUAUAUAUCUUUUUAAUGAUUUAAUGUUUCUCUUAAUAACUUAAUGGGAGCAUUACUCAUGCUUGGUUCACCAUUAGCUACACUUAGCUGCUCUGUGUGUGUGUGUGUGUGUGUCUCCCUCUCUCUCUGAAUAGGAGUGUGGUGGUCCCAGUGAAGAAGCCUCCACCAGGCAGUCUGGCUGUGAACACGGUUGGACACGCAUCCUCCAGCAGCCUGGCAACAGGCUCCACCCCCAACAUCUUUGCUGCAGCCUCCAACACCCCCAAGAGCAUGAUCAACACCACUGGUAGGCCUACACCCAUGGGCCCUGGUCAAAUGUAGGGAAUAGGGUGCAAUUUGGGACUAAACCUUAUGCCCUAGCCCCUAGCCCUUAAUGCCUAGCCACUUGUGUAUACUUGAAAGGAGUGGGUAGGUAUGAGUAAUACUAGUGACAAUUCCACCUAACCUACAGUAGCUGAGUAACGUGGAGCUAUUACUACCAUACCAAUAUUAUUGCUUUAUACCUAUCUGAUCCUUUCUUGUCUAUAUGAGGUGCCUAGGGGCUGGUGAGUAAAGGGUAGGGGCUAGGUGUAGGGGGUAGGGUAUAGGUGUAGGGGGUAAGGGCUAGGUGUAGGGGUAAAGGGAUAGCGGUUUAUUUAAGAUUCAGCCUGACAUAUAAGCCCUCUGAAUGAUGGUACAUAGGGUCUCAGACUUACAAGGUUACUAAUAAUACUAUACUAAUGUGUUCGGCCGGUAAUGUGGUUUAUUUCCAGGGAGCUGUUGCUAGUUGGAGUUCGUUAGUAUUUAAUUUGAGUAAUUACUGCAGAUCUUAAUAACCCAGUGGGUCUGGAAUGUGUCCUUUGAAGCCGGUCCAGGAAUAGGAGCAGAAUUUGCAUCCCAAAUGGCUCCCUAUGUAGUGCACUACUUUUGACCAAGGCCCAUAGGGAUCUGGUCAAAAGUGGUGCGCUAUAUAAAGUUUAGGGUGCCAUUUGGGAAGCGACCAAUUUGUUUGUUGGCUGGAUGACUGAGGUUUAAUGGUGGAGUGUAGAAACUCAUACUGAGCACCAGAGGGCACUCUACUGCUCUACAUGACCAUGCUUCCUAUACAGUACUAUGACACUGCUGUGUGGUGGUUAUGCUGUAUAAAGCAUUAUAAACUGGGUGGUUUGAGCUGUGAAUUCUGAUUAGCUGAAAGCCAUGGUAUAUCAGACCAUAUACCACGGGUAUGACAAAAUAUGUAUUUUUACUGCUCUAAUUAUGUUGGUAACCAGUUUAUAAUAGCAAUAAGGCUCCUCGGGGGGUUGUGAUAUAUGGCCAAUAGACCACGGCUAAGGGCUGUGUCCAGGCACUCCGCGUUGCGUCGUGCAUAAGAACAGCCCUUAGCCGUGGUAUAUUGGCCAUAUACCACACCUCCUGUGGCCUUAUUGCUUAAGUAUAAUACAAUCAGUUCAGGUUGAAAUGCAUUCAAUGACCUCUGAGAAAUGGUAUCUUGUUCUUUUAUUAUCAGUUUAAUUUGUUGAGACCAGAAUAGUGUAGUGUAGUAGUAGUUGUAGUGUAGUGUGCGUCCCAAAUGGCACCCUAUUCCAUACCUAGUGCACUACUAUAUGGAAUAUAGGAGUAGGCCUUGACAAAAGUAGUGCACUAAAUAGGGAAUAGGGUUCCAUUUGACUGUCCUCUCCCCUGAGGCCCUGCUCUGUGCUGUUGAGCCAAUGGUCCCAUGAUGCAGCAGGCCUCUGAAAGAAGCCACUUAAUACAGAGACCAUUAGAGCUGCAACACCUAUUAAAUGUUCCUAUCCCCUCAGCAGGAAUGUGAGAAAUGUGACAGAGUCAAAGUGUGCUUUCAGCUAAACCCAGUAGCUCUCCUCUCUCCUCCUCUCUCUUUCUCUCCCUCUUUUUCCAUCUAUAAUCCUUCUCUCCCUACCUACCUUCCUCUUUCUCCCCCCUCCCACUCUCUCUCUCACCCCCUCUCCUCCUCCCUAUCUCUCUCUCACCCCCUCUUUCUCCCCCCUCCCACUCCCCUCUCCUCCUCCCUAUCUCUCUCUCAUCCCCUAUUUCUCCCACUCUCUCUUUUUUUCUCUCUCCCUCCUUCUCUCCCUCCUUCCCUCAGACCCCAUGAUUUCAUCAGUUCUGUUCUGUUCUGUAGAUGUUCUUUGUCAACGUGACCCAUGAACUCAAGGACAUGCAUGUGAUACCUGGAACGAUGAUAGAUGGAAAACAUCUUAAUCGUAUCAUAUUAAACAUGUAACCCAAUAUUGGACUGAGUUAUGAUAACUCAUGAAAUUAUUAACAAUAAAUUCUACAGAUGUAACUACAAUGCACCACGUUUGAACAACCAAUUAUAGUGAAUUGGACAUUAGACAUUCAUAUACUUACAAUGUCAUUCCUAUAGGUCGGCCCUGUAACUGAAACAGACCUUGGGUAGAUAAUAUACAGCAUAGUUGUAUACUUGGGUAUAUAAUGGACUUGUAUACUGUAUAUUUCUAUACUUCGGUAUAUAAUGGAGUUGUAAACUGUAUAUUUCUAUACUUGGGUAUAUACUAUAGUUGUAUACUGUAUAGUGUAUGCUGUACUGUAUAGUUGUAUACUUGGGUAUAUAAUGGAGUUGUAUACUGUGUAUUUCUAUAGUUUGGUGUAUAAUUGAGUUGUGUACUGUACUGUAUAGUUGUUUACUUGGGUAUAUAAUAUAGUUGUAUACUGUAUAUUUCUAUACUUAGGUAUAUAAUAGAGUUGUAUAGUGUAUAGUUGAAUACUUGGGUAUAUAAUGGAGUUGUUUACUGUAUAUUUCUAUACUUAGGUAUAUGAUAGAGUUGUAUACUGUAUAUUUCUAUACUUAGGUAUAUAAUAGAGUUGUAUAGUGUAUAGUUGUAUACUAUACACUAUACUUCUCCCAGUGUGACGUUGGUUGGUUUGUUUGUUCCCUGCAGGAGCUACAGACUUGGCCUCCUCUUCCUCCACCUCUUCCUCAUCCUUCGUCAACGGGGCCACCAGUAAGAACCUGCCUGCAGUCCAGCCGGUGGCACCCAUGCCUGAAGACACAGUGGAGAACAUGAGGUAGGGUCAGGGUGUGACAGUACUGUGUGUGUGUAGUAGGCGGAUUAUGCAUUUCAGUGCUGCAGACAUAUUCACCAUAUAUCACCUGGAGCCACAGAACAGUGCAUGUCUUUCUCUAUCAGCAUGUAACCACUGCCUGUGGUGUUGUGUGAAUGGUAAUUCAGAGAAAAUGGUGUGUGUGUGUGUGUAGCGGGUUAAGGUGUGUGUGGAUGCUGUUGUGACCUUGACUCCUCGUCCCCACCUGUAAUGGUUUGUGACAGACAUCUCUAGUGCUGCAGAGAGCCUGAGUACCUCUCUCUCUGUCUCGCAGUCCCACAGCCUCAACACAAACACACACACACACUCUCUCGCUCUCUCUCCCUCCUGUCCCCCUCUAAAGGAAUUGCAAAUCAGUUGCCAUGGCAGCAGUAACCGACAUCACUUACCGUAACCGUGGAGUCAAUGAUGGAAGUGGCAAGUUGCAGAGCUGUGUGUGUGUGUAUGUGUCUCACCGGUUGUAGAGCUGUGUGUGUGAUCAUACCAAACUCUCAAUUUAGUUCAGUCAGACUGACAUGUAGCUUGUUAUGGUAGACAAUAGGCAUAUGGGCUCUGGUCAAAAGUAGUGCACUAUAAAAGGAAUAGGGUGCCAUUUGGGAAUCAGUCAUAGUGACUGCUGCAAUCUCUGUGUAUUUCAGUGCGUUGCUCUGUGAGGUGGACCAGGAUCUGAGAGUCUUUAGUUGGUCCCUGCCGGGGGGCCACACAGAGACAGAGACAGAGAUGGCCCCCAGAGGUGCAGGCCAGUGUCAUAGGCAAGCACUGUUUAACAUCGCUCACACAGGUGUCACUGUCUCACUGAUGCACUCAUCACUUCACCUUCGUAUUCUUCCCAGGAGGCCAAGGGGCAGAAGACACUUUGCUUCUAGUCCCUCCUAGGCCAAGCCUCUCUCUCUCUUUUUUUUUCUCUCUCUCUCUCCCCCUCUCUCUCUCUGUCUGUCUGUCUCUGUAUGUUUCUAUACUAGUGGACAGGCUACAGGCUCAAGGCAGUAUCUCUCUGCUUUUAGAUGCUUCCUGUAUAGAUAGAUAGAUACUACUAGACACUAGGCUGUAGAGGUCUUCUCGGGUCCAAAAAGUUGGACCUGGACCCGAAUGGACCCGAGGACAAUAAGACCCGGACCUGAACAUACCCAAUAAUUUCAAAAAAAGGGGGACCCGGACCCGAGAACAGUCAGACCCGAACCCAAAUGGACCCGACGACAACUAGACCUAGACCCGACCCGAUUGGUCCUGAGUGACAAAAUAUAUAUGUUUAUCAGCCAAGUUGCUCUUCUGGUUAACGAAUAGGGUUUUAUAUGUUGGCUAAGCCUUCUAUAAAUAAAUAAAUCCACCUUAUUAGCAUAAAAUAAGUAUGCUAUAGGCUGUGCAGAGUCAUGGUCGGAUCCAUUUGGGUCCACUCGGGUUUAUCAGCAGUAGUUACAUAGACCCGAGACACGAUGACAAUCAAACUAUACCCGACCCAGACCCAAGGGAAAAGUUUACAUUUUGGACCCACUCAGGUCUCGAGUAUUCAGGUUCGGGUGGACUCGUGAAGACCUCUACUAGGCUGUGUGACACAGUCUGGGCUCGAAACGGCGACCAAUUUGGUUGCAUAUGCGACAAAAUAUUUAGCUGUGCGACCUGGAGUUUUAUUUUGGGAACACCAGUGCGACUAAAAGAAAAUCCACCAAAAAUGCAAUACCUAACAAUAUUUAGCUGCAACACUCAUCUCUACACUGCUUGCUUCCAGUUCCCGGGCCACACACACAGUUCCUCCAUGCUAUUUAUUCUCUCAGCAUGCUGUCAAUUCAUGCACUCAACAUAUUCUUCCAAAACAUGAAGGAUGCUGCUUUCCACGUUGCUUCUUAAUAUGAAUCCACGUUUUCUCUAUUAUACUAUUACUUUGUCUAUCUUGCUCUGCAAAAAAUGAGUUAGUUAGUCUAAGGAAGCUGGCAUGUGCCUUGAAAUAAUGCUAAUCGUUAAUGCUAAUCGCUAACUAGCUAGCUAAAUGCACUAGCUAGGGCAAAGCAAACGUUACCUCUAAUACAGGUUGCUAGCAGUGGUGGUGUAGAUUAGCAUGUCGUUUGUCUAAAUGCAACAUCUAUUCAAAUGUGAUUAGGGUCCCCUGGGAAACACUGACCAACAUUUUGGUUCCUACCCUGUCAUAACUCCUACGUGGCUUUUUCAUUUGUUGUCAUGCCAAACAACACCAAUCAUAGAAUUAGAAUAAUCAUUGUAUAUCUAUGAUUCCAACAGUUCACCCAAGUGUUUUGAUCUAUUCUCUAAAUUACCAGUGCUACCAAUUAAAUUGUUUAAUUUAGAGCCCUGGAUGCAGUGUUCUGCUGUGUGUGAAAGGAUGUUCUAACUCUCAUGUACUAACCCAGAUGGAGGGCUUUACUCUGCUCUGCUCUGCUCACCACACAACCCUACCCAACCUUAUACUCAUCUGUUUACUGUUGUUGUCUUUCUGCUCUCUGUCUCUUCCACUCUGACAUCCUCUCUCUCUCUCUCUCUCUCUCUCUCUCUCUCUCUCUCUCUCUCUCUCUCUCUCUCUCUCUCUCUCUCUCUCUCUCUUCACCCCCCCCUCUUUCUUUCCCUGUUCUCUGUCUUCUCUCUUCACCCCCCACCCCUCUCUCUCUCUCCCUCUCCCUGCUCUGUUCUCACACAGUAUCACUGCUAAGUUGGAGCGUGCGCUGGAGAAGGUGGCUCCCCUGCUCAGGGAGAUCUUUGUGGACUUUGCGCCGUUCCUCUCUAGGACCCUCUUGGGAAGCCAUGGCCAGGAGCUGCUCAUAGAAGGUAUAGGUGCUGUAUAGUGUCUCUCUCUUUACUCCUCCAACUGUGUGUCCCUCCGUCCGUCCGUCGCUCAGUCUGUCUGUCCUCUCCUGUCCCUCUGGCUGUCCACUGGCUGCUGUGUCACUGCUGGAUGCCUAGUAAUGUAGCCCAGAGAGGGCUACCACGCACGCACACACAUGCCCACACACAUGUACUCACACAGGCACACACACACAGACACAGGAGAAACAAUUAAUGGAGAGUUGACAGGUGUGAAUGUUGUCUGAUCCCUUCACUCUGCCUGUCUGUCCGUCUGUCAGAACACUGGCCAUGCUGACAGAUACACACACACACACACACCUGACCGCUGAGCACAGACCAUGUACAGACCAGGCAAACACAACACACUUCACCAACACAAUAGAGCCAGUAUUAAUAAAGCAUCUCAUACAAGUGCUGGGAUCAAGUCUAGGAUCAGUUUUACCUUAUAGUUCAUUAUGAAUAAUAUUACAUGCACAGUAGAGACCUGAUCCUAGAUCAGCACCCUACUUUGAGAUGCUUUGCCCAGACCUUUACCAAGGAAAGGAGGCUGUUUUUCCUCCCAGGCUGAAUCAGGGCCCUGGUGGAAAGUCUCUCCAUUUAGUAGUAAUUACCAGCCAUACAUCACUCAAAUUACCCGGGGUCGUGCCCCGAGUUCCCCCUCACCCACCCCCCUCUCCUCUCCUCCUUCCCCCUCUCUAGACAUGUUGUCAGUGGCCCCUGGCCCAUGAUACACUUGGAGUUGAGAGGGAGGCCCCUGGGCGAACAGAGCUGUCGUUGUGAUGGCCUCCCCUCUCUCUGUCUCUCCUCUCCUUCCCCCUUCCUACCUCCUCUCUCUCUGCCUCGCCUCACAUCAUUAAUGAAACAAUCUAAUCAAAUCGAAGCUAAAUGGUGAAUUCACAAACUAAUGAAUAUCAGACAAGUCAAAAUAAACACAACUAAUACUGACUCAAACCUAAUGCCACAUUAAUAACCUACCAAUACUGCUGAAAGCAACACCGCUACAGCGGGACUCUCGGAAAGUAAUCAUCCCUUGACGUCAUAAACUAACAGUAGCAUAGCAACGACUAAGCAGCCCUAAAGUACUACCCUAGCAUCUACUGACUGCCUAUCUCUUACUACAACCUCUCACUCUGCUUCAUCUCUCUAAAUCCAAUUCACAACUCUCUAUCUGCACUACUAUCUACUCCCCCUUCCAUAGCUAUGCUUCUGCCUCUCCUCCUUACCCACUUCCUACCUCCCUCUUCUCUGCUCUCCUCUCCUUCCCCCUUCCUACCUCUCCUCUCUCUGCCUCUGCCUCUCCUCUCCUUCCCCCUUCCUACCCCUACCAGCACACUGCUCCACAAUGCCACAUUCACCUCAAUGAUUUAACCCUGCCCUGCUCACAGGAAAGUCCUGGUCAGAGAGGCAGAGCCUGUUAAAAUAGAACACAUUUAGUUUGCGUACCAGCAUACGGCCAGAGUCCAUGGUCAUUAGGCCAGCAUACCAGAGUACAGCUGGGGUCGCUAGGGGCCAGGGUCACCCUACCACCUGACCCCCUGUGUCAGAGAGAGCUGAGUGAUGGGAGAACUGGUCAUUGCAGUCACAAGAGGUCAGCCGUGGUGGACUGUAGCUGUGUGUGUGUGUGUGUAUGUGUGUGUGUGUGUGUGUGUGUGUGUGUGUGUGUGUGUGUGUGUGUGCGCCUGUGUGUAAUAGGUCAUCUGUAGCUGUCUGUGAACUAGAGAGGGUCACAUCCCCUGUUUACAACCGUCUUAGAGUCUGACUGUUUCAGUGCUGUGCAAGAACAGGAGGAAGAUUCACACUCUUCACAUUAUACAACAGUCCACUUUGUCUCCAUCCCAAAUAGCACCCUAUUUCCUAUGUAGUGCACUCCAUAGGGCUCUUGUCAACAUUAAUGCAAUAUAGAGGGAAUAGGGUGCCAUUUGUUACCCACACUUUGUCACUUUGUCUCUAUCUCAGUGGUUUGUAGGCAUCUAUAUUGUUUUAUUAUUGUACAUGUAAGGUAAUUUCCCAUUUCCAAUCCUAGCAAGCUCUUUCUUUGCAUGAACGGUAAAACGGAAGAGGUGUUUGACAUGCAUGAGAUGGUCUCUGUCUGUGUGUUUAUCAACAUGUUGUCAUCUCAUCCCUGGUUGUUGACUCAUGCUGUCAAUCACACUGACUGACAUCUUUAUGUAACCAUGCCAACGGGCCCUGGCCCAACCAGCCCAUAAUGAGUCCUCCAGAUUGUCUUCUUCUCUGUUAAUGAGUACAAUGUUAGCCCAUCCCACCUGUCAUUGAAGAGGUUUCAUAGUGACAUAUAUGAAGGCACUAGGAACUGUUGAGCCCAGUCAAACUGUCCUGUGUGUUGUAUGCCAACUCUGCUUCUAACUCUCUGUCCCAUCCUGUCCUGCCCUGUCCUCUCAGGUGAGAGUCUCUUCUCUUCUCCUCACAUCUCCCCUCCUUUUCUCUUCACUCUCUGCUUCUUCCUUCCCCUCACCAUCUCCCUCCUUUUCUCUCUCCGCUCUCUCUGCUUCUCUUUCUCCUCACAUCUCCCUCCUUUUCUUCUCCCUCUCUGCUUCUUCUUCCUUCCUCCUCACAUCUCCCUCCUUUUCUCUCCCUCUCUGCUUCUUCCUUUCUCCUCACAUCUCCCUCCUUUUCUCUCCCUCUCUGCUUCUUCCUUCCUCCUCACAUCUCCCUCCUUUUCUCUCCCUCUCUGCUUCUUCCUUUCUCCUCACAUCUCCCUCCUUUUCUCUCCCUCUCUGCUUCUUCCUUUCUCCUCACAUCUCCCUCCUUUUCUCUCCCUCUCUGCUUCUUCCUUUCUCCCUCACAUCUCCCUCCUUUUCUCUCCCUCUCUGCUUCUUCCUUUCUCCUCACAUCUCCCUCCUUUUCUCUCCCUCUCUGCUUCUUCCUUCCUCCUCACACAUCCCUCUCUUCCCUCCACUCCCUCCCUUCUCUCGUCUCUACCUCUUCCUCCCUCUCUCCCUCUCACCUCCAAACCUCUCCUCUCCUCCCUGUGAUGGACUCUAAAGAUGAGGCUGCUUCCAGCUCCAGUUCUCUGGGUUGUUCCACGAAAUGAGUCCCUUUUGCGUCCCUUUGAUAUUUGAAGUAGAGAUUGUGCACCAAUAUUCAAUUUUGGAAUGAAGUGCCCUUUAAUGUAGACCACAAAAUUCCCUCUGUGCACUCAAAAGAUUUUAACCCACUGAACCCCAACAUUUCUCAACAUUUUCACCAUCAUUCUAAAGCCCUAGUUAUUUUGUUGCUUUGAUCAAGUAAUUUCUGAAGAUUAUUAUUUAUUUCAUUUGAUUAGUGAUAAAUUAAGUGAAAAAAAAUAAAAUUAAAUCAUUUUAUGGUCAACCCAGUGACAUGAAGUGAACGAUUGUUUGACUAAUGGUAAAACUUUGUCUUUUGAAUUUUUUUUUUCAAAAUAAAUAUUGAAUGUCUAAUAGUCAUAGUGUAAUCAUUAAUCAUAGUGUAAAAGCAGUAAAACAGGUUCUACUCUUUUGGCCAUUUUGUGCAGUUUUAUGGUGGAGAACUGAGUGGGUCGAGCAUAACACGUCAACCCUGCUAACCAUAGAUAAACCGGCUAGAAAUGUUUUAACAAUUAAAAUAAAAUUGUGAAGCUUGCAUUAACUUUCCUCUCCGUGUUACACACAACAAUUCCCUCUGUCACAAGGGGAUUUCUGGCUGAUUUAAGAUGAAACCGUCAACCCUGUUAAGGUCAACCCUGUUAAGGUCAACCUUGUUACGGUCAACCCUCUUAGUUUAUUUGGCACUCAAUAGGCAUGUUUUUUAUUCAAUUGAACAUGUGCUCUUCAUGACAAUGUUAAAAUUAGGUGAAAUAAAAUAAAAUAACAAUUCAGUAAAUUACAGUACCCAAAGGGACUCAUUUCGUAAACGACCCCUCUGUGAUCAGACCAUUGUAAGUUCUCACCACCACCCUGUCCCCUUACCUCCUCCCUGUCCUCAUAUCUCCUCCCUGUCCCCUUACCUCCUCCCUGUCCCCUUACCUCCUCCCUGUCCCCUUAACUCCUCCCUGUCCCCUUAACUCCUCCCUGUCCCAUAUCUCCUCCCUGUCCCCUUACCUCCUCCCUGUCCCCCUUAACCUCCUCCAUCUCCUCAUAUCUCCUCCCUGUCCCCUUACCUCCUCCCUGUCCCCUUACCUCCUCCAUCUCCUCAUAUCUCCUCCCUGUCCCCUUACCUCCUCCCUGUCCCCUUACCUCCUCCAUCUCCUCAUAUCUCCUCCCUGUCCCCUUAACUCCUCCCUGUCCCCUUACCUCCUCCCUGUCCCCUUACCUCCUCCAUCUCUUCAUAUCUCCACCCUGUCCCCU